CUCAGGGGCCAGCAGGUGCCACCAUUUCUAGCAUCAUUGAAGGUGUGCCAGUGCCCGCUACAAUGGAGGAUGUGAUUCUGAUAAUUGCCUGAAGGUGUGUAGUGGUAUUGCCUGAGAGGUAAAAAAAAAGGUGUGCGUGUUGCUAAUUGCCCACUUAUUCAUUUAUUUAUUUUUAAUUUUUUUUUUAAUAUCAAGAGAGGACAAUCCCUAGUGCGUCCUGCACAAACUGCAUAGUGUAUUACAGUACCAUGCCUACACUCUACAGAUACAAUGGCCCAGCCAGACGGUCUUAAUCUAAUCCAGUUAGCCAACAGUAAACCACAAACAAUAAUACACUAAAGAGGCAGGCAAAUUCAUUCACUCCCUCAAAAAUACAUAUAAAUUUAAAAUAACCCACAAAAUGCUAAAAAACAGACACUUGCAGAAUAGAAUAGUCUUGUGCACAGCAACAAAUGUUGUUCAACCAAACCGGUUCAUCUGUAUAAAUCAAAAUGAUGUGAAAAUGAGCCUACAUGGGGUUACAAUGAGCAGCAGUUGUUGUCCAGUUGCUAGCAAAAUACCGGAGGGCUGGGGGGAGCCUCUAGCUGAUCGCAUAGGCAUCACGUGGGGCAGAAAUGAAAUAAUGGGUGGGGGCAACAGGAAUGACAGAGACCUUUCCUGCCCCAAUUAUUUAUUUUUCUGUCCCUACCUGGAGACUACAUGUGGGGGCACAGGGGAGAUCUUUCGCUCAUAUUUUUUAGCAAUUGUGCAGCAAUAGCUGUCCUCUCACUAGAUUUCAUUACAGGUAAGAAUAAAAAAACAGUUUACCUCUUUACAAUGGGUGGCACUAUGGCACUCCUGGCACUGCUCCCAGUGGCGUACAUACAGGGGUCGCAGCUGUGACCGGGCCCAUCACUCCAGGGGGCCCAGCCACCCUGCGGACGCCUGAAACCAGGUGCACACCGCCAUGUGUUGCGGCCCCGGCCCGCACGAUAAAACCGCCUUAGGCCGCACAAGAAGGGGCCCAUUGGGUGGCCCAUGCUGUUAGGGCCACCCGAUGGCUAUGGAUUUCCAGGGCGCCCGGUCAGUGCUGUGGCGCUUUAACAGCGCGACUGGGCCCCCUGAGAUGACAUCAGCCCCGGUCACUCCUCCCUGCUUUCAGACAGAGACGCGGUGGAGGAAGAGAAGAGGGAGUCAAAAUGGGAACUCUGACUCCCAUCAGGCUGAGCCACCACUGGACCCCAGGGUAAUCACCCUCCUGCAUCUAAAAGUUAGGAAACAGGUGGGUGACAAAAAUGUUUUGUAUAUGUGUGUGUGUGUGUGUGUGUAUGUUUGUGUGUGUAUGAAUGUGUGUGUUUGUAUGUGUGUGUCUGUAUAUGUGUCUCUGUGUGUUUGUAUGUAUGUGUGCUUGUAUGUGUGUUUGUAUGUGUAUGUAUGUGUUUGUAUGUGUGUGUCUGUAUAUAUGUGUCUCUCUGUGUGUGUUUGUAUGUAUGUGUCUGUAUGUAUGUGUGUUUCUAUGUGUGUGUACAGUGGCGUACAUACAGGGAUCGAAGUUGCAACCAGGCCCGUCACUCCAGGGGGCCUGGCCGCCCUCCGAACCCCUGAGACUGGGUGCCCGCCGCCAUGUAUUGCGGCCCGGCCCGUGCGGUUUAGCCACUGGAGGGGGGCACGGAUCAGUUUUUGCACCGGGGCCCCAUGGAUCGUGUGUACGCCACUGGCUGCUACAAUCUAAUGUAUCCAGUUCUGCCUCGCGUGGAAUUGUCUGUGGAUUUUUGGAUGACUCAACUUGCAAAUAUUUUAAAUAAUAUAUGCAAUACAUUAUUAAAACGGCAUACAGUGCAUUAUUGAAAUGACUGUAUUAAGAAAUUCACAUGAAACCUACUGCAGCAUAACCUCCUAAUCGCCCCUUAAAAUCGUAACAUGGCAGACCUGAAAAUGUGUAAUAACCCUUAUAUUUUUUGCUCUACAUAUAAGUAUUUAAAUUAAAAAUAAUAGGGGGCAGAUUUAUUGUCUGGUCUGAUGUAUCGGACCUAGUUUCUAAAAGACUGUGUGUUUGGGAACAGCAAAGGAGCAAUAUAUCUGUUUUAACGAGGUACUUUUUAUAAAAAUGGUGGCCUGUAUUUCAUAAAUACUGUCUAAUGUUAUGCAUUUUUCAUAGACAUCUUUUAUUUUCCCUUUAAAAUAAUAAGUCAGUUAUAUGGUAUUUAUAUUAUGGACAUAAAAAAUAAAAGUUUACGUUUACAAUAAAAAUUGGAAGAAGCAAACUGCUCAGUAUUUCUUUUAAUAGAACUUUGACAUGUCUUGCUUUAGAUGUUGAGUCUUCCAUAAAUCUGGAGACAAUUCCAAGCAAAGUAGAACUGGAUACAUUAGAUGGUAUUAGCAAAUAAGAACCAAUUGGGCCAUUUAACCUAAUUUCAUGUAUUCCUUGGGGCAUUCUGCACAUCAUAGGAAGAGAAUAACAUUUUGAACUUUUAUACAUCAAUAGAACAAGCUAAAGAAUUGAUCAAAUCUUGUGAUUUGUUUUAUCACUGAGGGUUCAGCUGUAUGGUGACCUGGCAAACCACCGAUGAGUUAAAGGGUCAUUCCACAUAUGAAAACCACUUCAUGUCAAUUAAAUUUUUAUGAAGUCCAGAAUCCACUGGCACCUUCCACCUUCAAGUAUUAAACCAUUUGUGAAUGGUUUAAGAUUUAAGAGGAAUCCCCAGUUGCCGGUACAGCUCACCUCUGACUACCCGCAAGUGCAGAAACUUUUUCAUGAGUAGCAGUGAUAGGCAGGGAUAUCAUAGAUCCACUAAUUUAACCCACCAUACUCACUGUUAAGCAAGUUUAAAACAAUUAGCAUAGCCAUAGGUGGGAUGAAUUAAACAGGGGGAUAGAUACGGACAUUUUGUUUAUAAGAAGAUAGCGUAAAUAUAUUUUACAAUCUGUAGACCUCAUAAUUCCCUGCGCUGUUCCAAAAAUAGCAAGGGAGCACAAAAGUUUAUUUGAGAAUCAACUGACUGGCAACGUCAUCUGUUAUCUUGACAGGUACCGCAAUAAAACUUAAAAUACACUGCUUACAAGCAUGCACCCUCGGAUACACCCCCAUGUGACAGCCAAGGAGAUAGAUGAUAAAAAUUACAGGUGAUUAAUAACUAACCUCCCAGGCAUAGGGAUCCUCUAGCUCUCAUAAUAUUUAGAUUUGACCUGAGUAAUGUUUGUAUUUUCCCCCAAAAUUACCACUUUUUUCUCCUACUAACCCUCACACCAUCACUAUUUCUAGGUGUUUAAUUAUUAUUAUUAUUGCCAUUUAUAUAGCGCCAACAAUUACAAGAAAACUUACAGGAACGAUAGGUUGAAGAGGAUCCUGCUCAAACAAGCUUGCAGUCGAUAAUUAAUGAUUAGAGAAUGUCCAAAUUGUCAUCAUUUGUAUAAAAAUUGGACAUUUUCAGUCUUUGGUUUUUUUAAUCAGUUGUCUUUUUGCCCCAAGUAAAUUUAGAAUGCUUUUAAAUACUUGUGAUAAAUCUCUGAAUAUUUCACCAAAUGUUUUAAGUAAAUUACCAUACUGCAAAUUCAGGAACUUUUCUCAAAUGUUACAUUUCAGUUUUGGAAAUAACCUCCACUCAUUCUAAAAAGAAAUUCUUUGCAAUCCCAAAUAAAAUAUAUUUCAGACAGAUAGGGAAUAUGUUGGUGCUAAUUAAAUGACAAAAAUAAUAAUGGAUGGAUUUUAUUACUUUUAAUAUACUAUUUCAGUAACAUUGAAGUGAGUUUCUUAGCAAGCUGCUGCCCAGUUCAUGACCAGCCAAAGUUUAAAUCCAUAAGUCUUGAAGAAUGUGUUUUUAACACUGCUAAAAAAAAAUCAAACCGAUAGACUCGUUUGCUGCUCGAAGUAAUUAAUCUGUUUGCUUUUCUCUUUAGAAAGUAAUUUGCUGGUGGCUGUGACAUUCCGUGUACUGUGAGAGGAGAUAUCAAAAUUCAGAGCAUAGCUGUGAGAAUGUGAGUCAAAUAUUGAGAAAUGAAUCAAAGUGUGAAUUGUAUACAAGACUUUCAAUAAAAACCUUUUGCUUUUUUUUACCUUGCUAUUUCAUCCAGCAUUAUAAUUUUGGAAAUUGUAUUUGGCAUUUAGUGCUGUUAAAGUCAUGUCUUCAAGGGUCAAUAAGAGGAUGGGUUUAUGAGUAUACGGUAUUUAUGUUGUUUGAUUAUGAAAUCAUUGGGAACAUAGAAUUAUAUAUUUUUCUUAUACAGAAUGUAUUAGUGUGUCAAAAUCUGGAUAGAAUAUUCUAUACUCAGCUGCAGUAUUUUUUUCUUAGUUGAUUUUGAAGAAAAAACACAAUGGCGUUAAUAUAAACAUGUAUUCCUAAUGCUAUAGUGUUCUCCUCAUCACUUAGAUGAGGGUUAGAGGGUUAAGAAAUAUUUUUUUGUCACUUUAAUUACCCCCGCCACGCCAGUGUCCAUGCUGCUGGUUCCCCUUCUUGGCUGAGAUCAUCAAUGUUGAUGAUCUCAGCCAAUCCAAUGCUUUCCCACAGAAAGGCAAAACGCAGUGCUGUGACAAUCAACAUGUCCUCAUAGAAUCCAUGUCCUGCACUGAAUCAAUGUAUUUCUAUAGGAAGCAUUCAGCAGCACUGUGCAGAGCGUGGAGAUGCUGAAAGUAGGUCAUUCUAAGAUUUCAGUACCUCAUCCGGGAAGUCCCUCUGGUUGCUGCACAAGUCCACCUCAAAUGUCUGUCACUUGGGCAGCAACCAGAAGAACUUCCUGGAUGAGGUCCUAAAAUCUUAGAAUGGCCUACUUUCAGCAUCUUUUUUUUUCUCUGAAAAAGCAGGGUUUACACUGCAUACCCUCCAGUGACAAUAUAUAUGUCCCAGAACCACUACAUUGAGCUGUAGUGGUUCUAGCGACAAUAGUGUCCCAUAACUAUUUGAAUCACUAGUCAGUAAGACCGUGUAAAGCAUCAUUCUUGCUGGUUGUUAUUUGUAAUGUUUGCAACUGGAUGAAGAUUUCAUAUUUAGAAUAAUAACUUUUGAGAUCAGCAGUUUAACAGUUACAUAAGAACUGAUUUUCUAACAUACCAUUAGAGAUAUAUAGAUAGAUAUUGUAGAAAUGAUUGGAAGGUGAACUAUCUCCAACUUAAUAGGUUAAUCACUCGAGUUUACGGAAGAACAAUGGGAUUAAAAAAAGGUUACUGUAAGCAACAAUUUUGUCUGCAGUUGAGAAUGGUUCCAAUGACACCUAUCACACCAAAUUGCUCCCCAGGAGGCCCAGCUGCCCUGCGGAACCCUGCGAUCGCGGUGCCCAGUCAGCCAUGUGAUGCAGCACCAGCCAAUGUGGUACAACCGCCAGGGCUGCAUGUACAGGGAUCCAUCGGGUGGCCCAUGCACCCUGCACCUAAAAGGUAGAAAACAGGAGGGUGAUUAAAACAUUUUGCAUGUGUGUGUGUUUGUGUGUGUGUUUGUGUGUGUGUGUGUCUGUCUGUUUGUCUGCAUGUGUGUCUGUAUGUUCUGGCUAAGACAAAGUUAGAAAGCAUCAUAUGAGUAGUACUGGCAACCAAUAAUAGGAAAUAGUUUUAUUUAGAAGAUGUAUGUACGAGAACUUGAGUUGAAGUAAGCAGAGGAAAAAGUCAAUCAGGCGAGCAAUGGUUUUAAGAAGUUGUGUUGAAAAUAUUUGAAAAUUCUAUAAACACUUAUUAUGUUGACCAUUUUUUUUCUAGCACCUACCAUAUAGUCUACACACAAAGUGAUUAAAUCUUACCUUUAAACCUUUAUAAUCCCUCACAGGGGGGCUGAACACCUACAUUGUAAGGCGAACACUCUAGUGUUACAUUAAAAAAACAAAACAGUGUCAGCGCUUAAAGAAUCGACCCCUAAUUGAUGUUAUUAGCGUACCACAGUUCCAAUAUAUAAAGAAGAGGUCCAGGGAUGUAAAUAUAAGUAAAAGUACUAAGCAGUCACGUUCCGUACCCUAAAAACAUCAAUCAGGGGUCGAUUGUUUAAGCUGACACUGUUUCUUUUGUAGUUUAUAUGUGAAAUCAUUGAGAAGAUAUUCAUGUGUUAUAGCUGCUGACUUAUUAUAAUUUAUUUUAUGUGUUUUACACAAAUUCUCGUGUGUAUACCAUAUUUUAUUUGUAUACUUAUUUACAUUUUUCUCUCUUUUAUAUAUAUUUCUGUUAUAUAACAUUUUCCUUUAAAUAGCCUCUGGCCUAUACAUACUAACAUGCAUUGUUCUACUCUUGAAAAAAUAUAAUUAGUGCUGUUAGGUCAUGCACCCUUUCCUUUUACUUUCCACUGAUUGAUAAAACGAUAUACUUGUAUUCAUGGUGUGUCAAUGUGCACAGCCAUAAACAUUAAUUUUUCCAGUUUGUUUAUAUAUUUCUUCAGUAUUUUGUAUUUCAAGCCUAGUUUUACAGUGAAGCUGAGUCAUCUACAAGCCUUCCCCAGACAGCUCUCCUCUGUGAACAUAUGUAACCUGCUACUGACAUGCUGUCAGCCAUUUUGCUGUUUAUUCAUCAUCUUAAAAUAUAAUCAAAGAAGAAUAUUUACUCUAAGAAAUAAGAAGAAACUAUGUUUUAUUGCUACAAUUUAUUAAUGGAUGUCUGGACUGUUUUUUGGAUUGCAAAAGGAAAGGUUAUUUUGAAAGCGUGUCUUGUCAGAUGUUGCCAGGGGGGGAAAGGUGAAAUGUGUGCUUAAGUUGUGAAAGAGGAAGUCUUAUAUGUGUUAACUUUUAUCAUAGACAAGCGAUAUUUUAGCGAAGUAAGAUGCAUGACUGUGGUCAAGUCAUCUGUUAGAAAGAUCAUGGGAUGCUUAAACUUUUGAACCUUAAAUUUGUCAGUUAUGCUAGAAUUUAGCCAAUAGGAAAUAAGACCAUAUUUGGAGUUCUGAUUCAAGCUAAACGAAAGGCCGGUUCCGGGUCAUAUGUAUAAAAUAUGAGGAAUUGUAACAUGAUGUUAGAUUGCUUCUUGCCAAUCUCCAUGAGAUAUCUCUGUGUAUUGUAAUGGUCAAUUAAACGCUUUUUAUUGAACCUGGUAAUAUUUUUGUCUACUUCCACAGUUGGGGGCUCUUUGUCCGGGAUCAGAAUACCACAGACACCAGCGGAACACCUGCACCUGUCAACCAUUUCGUGGGCACUCAAACAGACCGGUCAUAUGAAAGGUAAGCCAUACCAUUUAUAAAACAUGGCAUUAGUGUAAUUUUUGAGUGUCCAUGAAACAAAGAACGGUGCAGGUAAAUGCUAGUCUGUGUGACCUGAUUUCUUAGCCUUUUAUUGACCAUUUGUAACGUUACUAUUUAUGUUUGUUGUAACAUAUACUGCAGUAUUAGUGUCUAUGUCUGAGUGAUUCUAGAAUCAGUGGUAGCACUGACAGGUAGUCCCCUAGGAAGACUUAAGUGACUAAACUUCGCAGACCCAAUAGGGGUUUGGUGGGCCUUCAGAAGUCUAAACGUAGCUCGGUUGGUGAGAGUCUCUUUGAUAUGAUGUAUCCCUGUCAUGUGAUUGUGGCUAAAUGUUGAGGUUAGCCACAUGAAUCUAAUCUCCCAAGUCUAAACGUAGCAAAGUGAGAUUAGAUUAUUUUGUUUUAGUGUCUUAAUUUCACCCAGUCUAAACGUAGCAAGGUGAAAUUAAGUUGUCUUGUAUUAAUUGGCUAGCCACAUUAAUCUAAUCUCCCAAGUCUAAACGUAGCAAAGCGAGAUUAGAUUAUUUUGUUUUAGUGUCUUAAUUUCACCCAGUCUAAACGUAGCAAGGUGAGAUUGAGUUGUCUUGUAUUAAUUGGCUAGCCACAUGAAUCUAAUCUCCCAAGUCUAAACGUAGCAAAGCGAGAUUGGAUUAUUUUGUUUUAGUGUCUUAAUUUCACCCAGUCUAAACGUAGCAAGGUGAAAUUAAGUUGUCUUGUAUUAACUGUUUAAACUCAUAGGUUAAACAUAGCACUUGAGUAAGAUGUAUUGUGUUAAAAUUGUAUAACUGUGUGUAUAUGGUUUAAAGUUUGAUAAACUGUAACAUCAUUUGAGAAGAGAUUUUUGUGUAAACUCCAGUUGUCAGUUAGUAUACAAGCUGAAAAUUGUGACCUUUCGAUCUCUCAAAAGGUGAUACAGUGAGUGUAUACAUUUGGUGUUUCAACGUACAAGUAACAGAAAUGGGGUUGAAUAAUGGCAAGCAGCUUGAUCAUGGGGAUAGUAUACCCAGUGAUUCCCCAGUUUAUUUAAUGAAACAGAAAUAUGGCCCUUCAAGUAUUAUGUAUUCAAAGAAAUGGGCAAAGUUAACUAAGAAUAAUAUAAAUCCAUGGCCAGUGGUGGGGUCAUUAGACCCUUGGGUGUUGUUAAGUUUAAGAACAAUGUUGUUAAAUGAAAAAAGUCUUUCAAAACUGGAAUGGUCUGCAUAUAUGUUAUGGCAUGAGGAAAUUGAAAAGAAAAAGCAAGAAUGUUCCCCCCAGUCAGGUGCAACAGGAGGGGCACGUAAAGGAGAGGGUACUGGUGUUGCCUGUUUGUAUCCCUCACUGUACAAUUUAAAAAGAAAUGUUAAAAAUCCUCCGCCUUAUAAUGAUGAUGAGGAUUUUUUGAUUAAUCAUGAGAUUAUGAAUCCCUCUUUGGGUCACCUCCCCUCAGCGGAUGAAUGAUGCACCACAGCUUGUACCCCAAAAUUUAGCUGGUGCCUCAGCCAUGUUGCAUUGAGGUGGUAGACCUGAGAGGGAUAUUAGACUGCCUAAAAGAUUUGCUGAUCAUGCUGUGGUUACUAUCAGGUUUAUCAGGAUGUAGCAAUGUGUUGCCUGAGAGUGAUGGGAGGGAGGCUAUGAUUUUACCUAUUAGAGAAGUGGGAUAGAUGGAUAAUGAUGGGAGACCACGGAGGAUUUGUCAACCGUGGAGCCCACAAGACAUAGCAUUUUUAUAGGUAUCAUUUCCUGCCCCCUCUAGAUCCAAAUGGGUUUGUAAAACAUUUAAAAUAAUGUGUGCCAGCUAUUUCCCCACAACAUAAGAUCUUAAUGAGUUAAUGGAGACAGUAUUAACCCCUGCAGAACAUACUAAAUGGGUGGCAGGAUACAAUGAGUCACCUUUCUCAUGGCCUGCAGGGGUGGGGGGACAAGCAGUUGCACACAUAUGGGAAAAUUGCCCUGAUGAGAGGAGUGAUGUUGUCCUUAAGAAUUGGUAUGCAUUCCUCAGCAUUAAAGUAAAAACAGUUUUUACCCAGCCUAUUGACUAUACAUAGCAUAGUGCAAAAGAAAGGAGAAAACCCCUAUGAAUAUGCGGAAGCAAUUAAGGUUUUUGGAAGUUUUGAAGAUAUCACGGUUGAAUCAAUUAAGCCAUUCAUAGUGAAUACCUUAGUAAAUGGUUUGGAUGCUAAAGUAAAAAAAAACAAUUGAUGUUAUCCUUACUGGGAUGACGGGAUAAAUCACUUAAUAUUGUAUUAAGUGCAGCAUCAGAAAUUUGACAAGCUAUUCAAAUCAAGGAAAAUGCAAAAGCUGAGCACAUAAUGCUACAAGCUGAACAAAUUCCUGUUAGAUAUUAUGCACAUCAGCCAAGACAAAACACAGCCAGAAGACCCCCACAGAAUAAUGUAAGAACAUUUAUCAAAUGUUUCAAUUGUGAUGGAUAUGGUCAUAUAGCAACAGAUUGCAAGGAGGUAAAGGGGGCAAGGAAGCAAUUAGAAGAAAAAGACAGACUAGAUGUAGAGGAAGAUUGGGGUCUGAAUAUGUAUUGUUAGUGUACCUGUGACCCAAGGUCCAGAACCUAUGGUACAUUUGAAAGUAAAUGAAUUGUAUGUGAUACUGAGGGAAGAAGAAGUAAGUGAUUUUGGUGGGGAGAAUGUAUAUUUAGUGGAAGACCAGCAUUGCCAUCAUUGUUUAAUUCUGAAUGGUCAAGGCUGGGCCUAGAAUCUGUAUUGGCACUGGUGUGUUCUUCAUGUGUUAUUUGUUUACAAUACAAUGCAGGUCAGAGACCUAAAUCAUCCUCCCUGUUCAUGAGGUCCAUUUGUAAAUUUACAAAUGGAUUUCAUUGAAUUACCAAAGGUAAUGCAAUAUCGGUAUGUGCUAGUAAUAUUAGAUACAUUCUCAGGUUUGGUUGAGGCUUAUCCUUGUUGCCAUGCGGAUAUUGUCUACAGUGUCUAAGAAAUUGUUACAAGAAUUUAUACCCAGGUAUGGAUUGCCUCGGCACAUUUACUCAGAUCAGGGAACACAUUUUAUAGGAAAAGUAGUGCAACAGAUAGCAAAAAUUUUGCAAAUCCCUUAUCAUUUACAUUGCUCUCAUCAUCCUCAGUCAGAAGGAGCAGUAGAAAGGGCCAAUGGAACAUUGAAAAACAAAAUUGCAAAAAUUGCAGCAGAGAAAGUUAAAGUGGCUUAAUGCACUUCCUCUUGCCUUAUUGUCUAUGAGAUUCUCUCUAGUUUGAAAGCAGGGUUAUCCCCUCAUGAAAUUCUAAUUGGAAGACCAAUGUUCACAGGAGGGGUACCUAUAAAAUGUUAUUCUCAUGAGAUAAAUGAUGAUUUAGUAAUGACGUAUUGCAUGUAGCUAACAAAACGAUUAGUCUCUCUAUAUGCAGGUAAAAGCUGUACAGCGAACAAGUGAAUACCAACCAUUGCAUGCCAUCGCUCCUGGAGAUUAUGUUAUGAUAAAAGACCAUUCACGAAAGCACGCGUUGCAACCAAGGUGGAAAGGACCUUCUCAAGUGUUAUUAACCACUAAUUCAGCUGUUAAAGUCGCAGGGGUUAAAUCUUGGAUCCACAUUUCCCAUUGUAAACUGACAAGCGCUGAAAAAGAUUUUUUCACUGGAAGAAGAAUAGAGGACUAAGGAAGCCGUUUUCCCUUCUAAAAAGGGGUACUUUUUAAGGGGAGUAUCUUUCUAAUCCAAAGUCAACUCUACUGUUUUUCUUCAUGAAUCUCAAACUGGUUAAACUUAUAUUGUCCUUAAUGAUUGUCAUUAUGACAUUUUUUUAAUUUUUCAUCCUCUACACUACGUUAGCUCCUUUUUUUUUUUUCUUUAAUACACGUGUAGCUUGGGCCAGGGAGCCAAGUAUUUUUCUUCAUGGGAGAUAGAUAAUCAUUUUGUUAAAACAGCUACUGAAUUGUAUAAAUUGUCAAACAAAAGUAAUCAUUGUUGGGUUUGUGGGUUUGCUCCGCAUUCCAUUAACUAUGGUUAUCCUUUUGUUGGGGUGCCAUGGUCUAUGGAAUCUCUUUGUGAGAAAAUAAGAGCAAAUAAAAUGGGGUUUGUUGGAUUUAUUCAGAAUGAAGUAUCCAAAUCUGGGGAACCUGCUAAGGUUCAUUUAACAUAUCCUAUUACUAGCGGAGCAGUAGUAAUUUCUAACAGGGAUCAGAAAAGUCCUGACAAGAUUGUUAAGCCUAUAAGCAAUGCUAUUGUUAUUUUUGAAAACAAUGUCCUUUAUAAUCUAUGUGGGUCUGAAACUAAUUCUGCCCCUUGUACUGGUAAAUUGAAAGCUUUUUGUUGGAAACCCUUAUUAGAAGAUAUUUUGACAAAAUGUCCCAUCAAGGAUAGAAUCCCGGUGAUUACUAAUCAUGUAUGGGUAAAUUUGACUUCUGAGGUAGAAAUCAUGGAUAAUAAUUAUGACCAGAAUGAACAUUUAAAUGUCACUAUUUUGAGAUGGGCCUACUUUAAUACUAAAACUUCCAAUCUUUUUAUGCUACUGCCCUAUAUUAAUCAACCUAUUUUUGACUGCUCAGAUUCUCAUGUUAUUGAUAUCCAUCUUCCAUUUGGGGUAUACUAUUUAUGUGGUAGUUGGGCGGUAAAAAGACUUCCAUGUAAUUGGGUGGAAACUUGUUAUCUAGGUAAUAUUAUCCCAGCGUUAACCCUUCAUGAAAAUUUGCCUGAAGGAAGGGUGAGGAAUAAAAGAAAGGUUAUUAGUUCCAAAAAAAGAUAAAACCGAAAGAACUGUAAAAUCUGGUGAAGAAGAUAGGCUAUUUGCAGGUUUUGUACCUACAUGGGGGGUUAUUGAAUUAAUGUACAAAUUAAACUUGUUAGGAGAUAUACUAGAUGAAGCCUUUUAAUAAUACAGGAGAUGCUAUUGAAAAAUUGUCUGCAGAACAGGAACAAGCUUCAGCUAUGAUUAUGCAAAAUAGGUUUGCCCUAGAUUAUUUGUUGGCCUCCAAAGGUGGUGUUUGUGCACUAAUAAAAACAAGAUGUUGUUUAAAGAUAGAUAAUGUUACUGGUCAGAUUCAUACAGAUGUAGAAUUAAAUUAAACUUAGAGAAGUUCACGAUACUUCUUCGGGAGGUUUAAAUUGGGGUUUUGACUGGAGUUUGGUUUAACUAAUUGGUUGGGAACAAUGGGAAAACGUAUUCUCAUUGGAGUUAUUUUAGUAGUAUUGAUGCUUGUGUUUAUAUAUGUUGCAGUGAAUGUCCUAAAGUGUUCAUGCCGAUUAAUCCUCAAGAGCUGUUCACCUUCAUCUCCCCCUGGCACAAUUUCGAAUGUUGAAAUGUCUCCUAUCCGGUCACAACUCAUACCGACUUGGAAUACAGACAUGCUUUCUCUGAAGAUAUUGAUCGUGUGCGCAUCUAUAUGGAAAGUCCUGCAAGUGCUGUUUAAAAUCACUAGCUCACUGAAUGACCUUCGCUAAACAUGGAAGUGUUGCACGGAGCUUUUUGUGGUGAAAGUCCUAGCACCAAAGGGAGGACUGUGAACAUAUGUAACCUGCUACUGACAUGCUGUCAGCCAUUUUGCUGUUUAUUCAUCAUCUUAAAAUAUAAUCAAAGAAGAAUAUUUACUCUAAGAAAUAAGAAGAAACUAUGUUUUAUUGCUACAAUUUAUUAAUGGAUGUCUGGACUGUUUUUUGGAUUGCAAAAGGAAAGGUUAUUUUGAAAGCGUGUCUUGUCAGAUGUUGCCAGGGGGGGAAAGGUGAAAUGUGUGCUUAAGUUGUGAAAGAGGAAGUCUUAUAUGUGUUAACUUUUAUCAUAGACAAGCGAUAUUUUAGGGAAGUAAGAUGCAUGACUGUGGUCAAGUUAUCUGUUAGAAAGAUCAUGGGAUGCUUAAACUUUUGAACCUUAAAUUUGUCAGUUAUGCUAGAAUUUAGCCAAUAGGAAAUAAGACCAUAUUUGGAGUUCUGAUUCAAGCUAAACGAAAGGCCAGUUCCGGGUCAUAUGUAUAAAAUAUGAGGAAUUGUAACAUGAUGUUAGAUUGCUUCUUGCCAAUCUCCAUGAGAUAUCUCUGUGUAUUGUAAUGGUCAAUUAAACGCUUUUUAUUGAACCUGGUAAUAUUUUUGUCUACUUCCACACCUCCUUGCAAACUAUGUCAAGGAUAUUUAAUGUAUCACAAAAAUAAAUGUGCCAUGGCACCAUUGGAAUAAUAAUCAUUGUUAUAUUUCAGAGAUCUCCUAAUUCUCUAUAAAAUGUUGAUAACUAUGUAAGGAACUCCCGUGCACAACCCAUAACCCAGAUUUAUUCACGAGAUAAAAUCGUAUCAAAUAAACAUUAUAUUUAACAAUGUGGUACAAUAAUAUUAGCAAGAGCAAUUCAGUCAUUCUUCAAUUACAGAAGUGUGUCUGCAGAAGUUGUAGAAGAGAUGCAUUGUAUUCAACAUAUUGAUUUAAAUCCACUCUUUCACUUUUCUGCACAUGCCCCACGUGGAAACUUGUCUAUUUACACUAUGGCGGAGAAGAGAAAGGUAUAAGCCCUUACUUCUGACCACUGCCAUCUUCUUCUUCCUCUUUAUUGUCAGCUCCUGGUGCAGUCAAUAUUUUUGCCAGAUGAAGCCAGUUCCCAUUAUUCGUCAUGAUCGAUGACAGUUCAAAAUGGCAGGAUGUAGUGUCACAAGCUAUGUCCACUUUAAACUUAUGUCAAAAAUCAUUCCUACUUUGUUUCAUUUAUAUCUUUUGACAAUGCAUUUGUGAGUUUUACAUAAAAGUUCUAUCCUUUAUCUUUAUGAAAAAAUGUAUAAGUGAGUUUGUAAUUAUCUAAUGUAAAAUAUACUUUUAGAUCUAUCCAAAACACAGAAAGUACUGUUAAUACUAAGUCUUUAAGACAUUUGGGAGACCAGUAUACAACUUAAUGUGCUAGAGAGACUCAGAAGUGGACUGGCCCACUGGGAAACUGGGAUAUAUCCCGGUGGACUGCACUUGCCUGGGGCUAUCGAACCAGCAGUCACUUCUUGCGAUUAAGGGAGCUAAAGGCCAAUGAGGAGACAUCAUAGCUCAGGGGCCGAGACUCUAUGCAUAAAAGAAAGAAUACUGCAAAGGAUCCAGUGCUGGUCCAUGAAUGCUGCCAGUAAGUGAAAGAUGUGAUUGGACUAUACAGUAUGUAGUUCAGAGAAUGUGUAGCUUGUGGGUGUAUGGGCCAGUGCGUGUCAGUGUGCCUGUUUAUGUGUAUUAUUGUGCAGUGUAUGUAUGUGUCUGUGAGUGUUUGUAUUAAUGGGUAUGUGUGUCAAUGUGUAAGGGUGUGUCAAGGAGAGAUUGUUUGGGUCAGUGAAAAGCACUAGACCUCUAUUAAAUAUAUUUGUAUAAGCUUUUCAAAUGAGUUAAUAUUUUUGGAUGUAUUUUUAAAAUGAUUUAAAAUUUAGAAAAAUGUUAAAUCAAGGCCAAAGUUUGCAUAGAUGCAUAUAAAUGUAUACAUAUUAAUAUACCUGUUUUAUAUUAAUAUAACCAAAUGUUUAUAUAGUAUAAGCAUGAUUUAUAUAUGCUUAAAUAUGCAUAAAACAUUUUUCUGUAUGAUUUUUUUUCUAUAGAAUACAAGGUAUAACAGAGUAGUACAAGACAUGCAGGUCUGUAUCAGUUAAAUGUGAAACUGUGGAACUUGCAGGUUCCGUGAACAUCUAAGCAACACAUGAGACACACAGGUCUCAGUUGUUAUGGAGGUGGUUACAAGCAAGUUAGUUACUUGCCAGAUAAAUAUUACAAUUACUGUAUGGUUUCAGAAGAACAGCGUCUCAACAAUGCUUGUGCUAGGUUGUUGCCCCGGUGAUCAGUCGGACAAUUGUCCGUAUGGUGUCAGCAUGUGUCCUUCUAUACGUGAGGGAGGGGCACUGUCUUAUUCACUAAUGCAUUAAAAAGGUCUCCCUGCACGGAGGUCCGAGGAAAUGACGAGUAAUUAAAUAAAAGAAAAGGGGGAGGGGAGAGAGGUAGAAGGAGCUCAGUAUUUUCACUUAUGAAAAGGAGGCUGCAUCAUGGCAUUGGCAUGAAAAAUAUUUUACUCAUAACAUCGUUACGAGUAAAAAUCCAAAUUGCAUUACUUUAAAAAUGGGUUUUCUUGCACCUGCCAAUAAAUUAUUCGGCACAGACCUCUGUGCCAAAGAAUUGACAUACAGGUAGAGAAGAAGAGACCUUCUAUAGGCAGUCCUCAUUCUCUCCAAGCAUAGCAACCGCAGCGAAUGCCCUGUGGUUUCUAUGGAUACUCCUUGGCCGAUGCGUCUAGCACUGGCUAGAGAAUUUAGGAACGGAGUGACUUUGUUUAGAUGUCAGAAUGAGGAGGAUUGGGGGGUGUGGCCUGACCGGAGACCGUGAUGGACGUGUCUGUGUAGAGCUCCGGCCCCAACGCGCUGAAAAUAAGCUUACUAUAGCUCACAAACCGCUCGAAAUUGACUUACAUAUUAUCCACAAGCCGACCAUGGAGAAAAGACACCCCAAGAAGCAACCCAAGAGGGGGACCGAGGGGGGCACAUCGGUCCUGGACCUGAUGACGGCCCACAAGAUCGGGCCUGCGGAGCCUCAAGAUGGCGCAGGUCGGAGCCCCUCACCGCACUCACCCUCACCACACGAGGCCCAAGAGGGAGAGCGCCACAAGGACGAGACUGCAAAAAUUUUGGAGCGCCUGGCCGAGGUGCAAACCUACCUCGCGGGCGAAAUAGAUAACUCGUAUGUGUAAAAAAACACUAUCAUGCAAAUACAUGCAAAAAACAGUGCAAAGGUGGAGCGCUUAAAAAUACAAAUGGAAAUAAAAAUAAAAACGCACAUUUACUCCUGCAAUUUUCAGGAGGUAAUGGAAAUGAUGAUAAUGAGAUCCUUUAAAUCGCCAUAUUCAAUGAGAAACCUCAAAUGGAGAAAAAAAGGGAGAAAUAGGGAAGCAAAGCUAACCCUAGUGCAGAUAUCCUUAAUAUAGUAGGUAGCCAGGUGAAAAAAUAGCGAUUUACUUCUCACCUUAUCAGGAGCCUUUAACUGGGCUCCAAGUGUAUAGACACAGUGUCAAUUAUAGAGUGACACUUCCCUUCUUGAUAGCAGCAUACAUAUAUCACUAGUCAACUUGGUAAAAGAAAUUAACAUUUAUUGCAACUUUUAAAACAAUUAAAUGAAAUCUGUAUACUCAAGUGCCAGUGCUGUAUCCAAGACGCGUUUCGCCGAUGUACUGUUCGGCUUUGUCAGAUAACUCCACCACGGUCCUCCGAAGCGAGAUCGCCGCACUGGGUACACGAACGGCUCGCCUGGAGGAGAGGCUGGAGGCUACCAACAAGGCCCACAAUACAGCAGUCACACACAUCAAUGGGCUGGCGGCCCGCGUGGCAGAGGCCGAACUCGCCAUAGAAGAUAUGGCCAACAGGUCACGGAGAAACAAUCUCCGUCUACGCGGCCUACCUGAGGGGGAGAGAGAAGGUACACUGCCGGCGGUACUUAUGGCCAUCUUCAAGCCUCUACUGCCGGAUCUCCCGGAGGAGAGAUGGCACAUGGAAAGGGCGCACAGGGCCCUGCGCGCCAGAAGCAACGAUGCAAACUCCCCCAGAGACGUUAUCGUCCGCUUUUUAUUUUACCAGACCAAGGAAGCCCUGAUGAGAAAGAGCAGGGAGGUCAAGAUGGUGCACGGAGGGAAAGAACUCCAAGUCUACCAGGACUUGGCCCCCAGCACGCUCCAGAGACGGCGGGAGUGGAGACCGGUCACAGAGGCACUACGCAGUGCGAAAAUACAGUACGCCUGGGGGUUCCCAUUUCGUCUGAUGGCGUUCCAGGGGGGGAAGACCCACACCCUCAACCCCAGCGGAGAUCCGAAGAGAUUCCUAGAGACCUUGGGCAUCGCUUCCCGCAGCGGCCUACCGGAGAUGCAGCCAUCGGCCCUCGAGCUCGAGACUCUCCCGACCGAGUGGCAGGAGGUGGGAACCCGCCGGCGCUGACACCUGAACUGGGUACAGUAUGAAGCCUUGGGGACAAAGUGGCCUUCCAGGGGGGGUGCCGGGACUGUCUUGAAUGGCCCCCGUGGGCAUGGUGCAUGGCGGUGAUGAGGGUGGGGCCCUCCAGGUUGUUUGGGAGGGGGUUUGGGGGACCCUGCCGUCGCCACACGGACGGGACACACGGGGGACUGGGACGGACACCUAGGCACUCUAGAUGCCUCCAUGGCGGCAAAGUGCAUUCCGCCAUCUUCUGGGUGAGGAGAGAGACACUGGCUGAAGGACCCUGAGCACUCACCAGCAUCACCCACCACAUAAGCUUUUGGCUCCCUUUUGCUGGACUCCUCUCGGGUCUUGGCGGGCUGCGGGCCUUUCACCCUACCCGCCAGCCUCAUAGGUGGCCUUCGCAUUUAUCUGUUUAGCCAACAUAUUGCAGUUUUUUUGAUGUAUGCCUCGGGACCGGGGCGGGCACGCAAAACACGCUUAAAAGGGAACCUUUUAAUUGAUCCGACCCCAUUAGGAGGUACUCAUGAGGUACACACAAAUAGACAGCAAGAAUUCUAGGCAGCAAUCAUAGGGGUAUCUUCCCCUUUUUUUUUUUUUUCUCAAGGCCCCUAAGUACGUAACACCACAAGUCAGGUCAAAUGGGACCCCAGUUCACACCCAUACUAGCGUAUUAUGGAUCGGGCGCUCCGGUGUAGGGCCUUUUUCUGCUCAAGCCCCGUAAAACACAGCACACGGGCACAACAUACUACCCCUUACCAACAUGCGUCAUGGAGGCCCCCUGACGGGAGAGUCGGAACAGGGGGGAGGUGUCCCUAUCCUGAUCUCGAGCCCGAGGGCCCCGUCCCAGGAGACAGACUCACGGCAAGGCUAGAUUACUGGCAAGUUAGCAUAUCAUAUAGAUACCUACUCAACCACCGUUUCUAUUUUUGAUACCCCCGAGAGGCUAGAGCCGGGCACAUGUUACCCCAUGACUCAAUGUUUUCAUUUCAUAUAUAUGUCUGUUUAUAAUCUAUGUUGUUCAUUAUCUAGGUCGGUGUUCAUCUGGCAGCUGUCACUUUAAACACGUUAGCACAACAGCGCGUAAAAGGGGAGGGCUCACGAACCUGUUUCUCUUCCAAACACUGGAAGCGGAUGAGAAGCGGGAUCCUGACCCCCACAAAAGUCUGGCGGAGGGUAAGACCAGACAACAUAAGGGGUGCACGGGAGGUGCAUCAUGUCGUUUCUUGCUUCUUCCCCUUUCCUCUUAUCUUUCCUCAUCUUCCUUCCUGUCUAUAUUUUUCCUUUUUCUCUCACAUCCCAUCCCAAGGGGGCAGCGAGGAAACACGAUUGUGAGGGGCGCGGCGAGAGCAGAGGUGGGCGCGAGCUGUAGCUGGCAACGUGAAGAGGCCUCAUGACGGCUAAACUCACAUCACUAAAUGUAAAGGGCCUAAACUCCCCAACCAAACGACGGCUACUAUUUAAAGAACUCAAAAGGAUGGGUACUGGCAUAGCCUUUAUACAAGAGACGCACCUACCAAGACAGGCUAAAUUUAGGCUAAAGGACCCCUCUUAUAGCUCAACAUUCGAGGCCAGGGCAUUGCGCAAACGUAAUGGAGUGGCGAUCCUUAAACGUAACAGUUGCCCUGUCAAGAUCGUAUCCACCGACUAUGACCCGGAGGGCAGAUAUAUACUUGUGUCUGGCACCUUGCUAUCUCACCACGUCCAUUUUCUUAAUAUAUACGCACCAAAUCACCCAGAUGCAGCUUUCUGGGAGGUGCUGCAGACUAAACUCCAAACCCUACCGCACGGGAUAGUCAUAGUGGGGGGAGAUUUGAACGCUACGCCUAGCCCGGCGGUAGACAGGAGGGCAGGCAGCGGCACUCAGUGGUCCCAUGGGAGAGGGAGCCAAGAUAAGCUGCUACAACGGUUCAUUGCGGAGACGGGGUUGGUGGACGCGUGGAGAGCACAUCAUCCGGGCACACGGGACUACACUUUCUUUUCGGCCCCUCAUGGUUCCUAUUCCCAAAUAGACAUGUUCCUAGUUAACGAUAAGAGCCUACCACGAAUAACUAGCACGGACAUAGGGUCCAUCACAUGGUCGGAUCACGCUGACAUCUCAUUGACGUUGGGGAGAUUGAGCGAGGCGACCCCAUGGACGUGGAGACUUAACGCCUCCCUCCUGAAAGAUCAGUCUAUAGCAACCCAGCUCAAAACCGAGCUCAACAGUUUUUUCGAGACUAACAUUACCCCAGACGUGACAUUGGCUACAGUGUGGGCGGCCCACAAGAUGGUUAUUAGAGGUACCCUAAUAAAAUUAGCAACUGCAAAAAAAGAAAAGGAAGUUCCAGAAACUAGGAGAACUUCUGACUGACUUAAAGAGAGCGGAACACCAGCACCAGAGUUGCCUGGACGACAUUACUGCGGGCCGACUGAAGGAGCUGAGAUUGGCGAUCCGCCAGCUUCUCCUAGACGACGCAGCCAAAUCUAUGACAUGGUCCAAAAGGACCUUCUACGAACAUGCAAAUAAAAUGGACACACUCUUAGCUAGAGUCCUAAAACCCAGACAGAGAAGAGGUCACAUAACAUUAAACACACCGACGGUUCCACCAAAAUUAGUCCCCGAGACAUAGCAGAGGUCUUUACGGACUAUUACAAAUCCCUCUAUAAUCAUACACCGGGAUCUGAGUUACGGACUGCAGAGGACGAGGCACUGACAAAAAAGUUUCUGGCAGACUUAGGGUUACCCAAGCUACCACAGGCAGGUGUUGAGGCACUAGAGGCAGAAAUCACGCCAGAAGAGGUGGCGCACGCCAUUGUGGCCCUGAAAGGUAAUAAAGCCCCAGGACCCGAUGGUUUCGACGGAAGCUAUUACAAGGAAUUCAGAGAAGAGUUAGCUCCCCAAUUAGCCACCCUUUUUAACGAUUUUCGAUCAGGGGGCGCCCCAGACUUGGACAUGUCACUGGCUACCAUAGUCUUGUUACCUAAACCGGACAAAGACCUGAGUAUCCCGAGCAGCUAUAGACCAAUAUCAUUGAUUAAUCAUGAUAUGAAAAUCCUGGCAAAGAUACAGGCGACAAGACUGAACCCUUUCUUAGCUACAUUGGUAGACGCAGAUCAAGUGGGGUUUGUGCAGGGCAGGCAGUUGUUCGAAAACACCCGAAGGAACAUUGAUAUUAUCUGGAAGCAGAAAAUUACGCACACUCAGACCUUGCUGGUCUCUUUAGACGCUGAAAAAGCGUUUGACAGAGUCACGUGGACGUACCUGUUCACGCUCCUGUCCCACAUGGGAUUCCCCGAACAGGCAAUAACUCUGAUCAAAGCCAUGUAUACCAACGUACGUAAAAAUCUCAGGCGCCCCACUGCGACCGUUCAGACUAUACAAUGGCACCAGACAAGGGUGCCCACUCUCCCCGCUCCUCUUUGUGCUUUCCCUGGAGCCCCUGCUCCAGGCCCUUAGACGACACCCAGACGUACGGGGAGCUCGGGCGGGAGGCAGGUAGUUUCUGGUUUCGGCCUAUGCAGCUGAUGUGCUCCUGGCGCUCACUGACCCCGUCAACUCGAUGAGGGCCCUGCAGGGCGUCCUGGGGGCAUUUGGAGCAGUUUCGGGCUACAGAGUUAACAUGACCAAAUCCAGCGCCCUCCCCAUAGAGAUUCCGAUAGGGGACUUGACAGAUAUACAACGGGCACACCACCUCCGCAUUGAACGACAGUCGAUAAAAUAUCUAGGCGUUAAGCUGACAGCAGCCCCUGACCAACUUUAUUCACAGAACUAUACGCCUCUCCUGAAGCAGCUUAUCAGGGAACUAGAGACCUGGACCGAUAGACCCAUCUCCUGGAUAGGGAGGAUCCACGCGGUCAAAAUGAAUAUCCUACCCAGGAUAUUAUUUUACUUCCAGUCUCUGCCCAUCCAUGUCUCCAGGACGCAGCUGGCGCCCUUGCAACAAGCCAUAGGAAAGUUCGUGUGGCAUAAUAAACGCCACAGGAUCUCUAGGCAGGUAUUGCACAGGCCAAAAAGCAGGGGCGGACUAGGCUUACCUAACCUAUACGGAUACUACUUGGCGACACAACUGUCGCAAAUAGCAUUAUGGCAUUCUCCACCUGGGGAGAGGAGGUGGGUAGAUCUGGAGUCACUAAUGGUGGGGGCGGACAUUCCACAGCUACUCAUAUGGGUCCCCAAAGAACAUAGACCAAUCAUUAGAUCGACCUGUCCAGCUAUCCUAAACUCUAUGCAUAUUUGGGAUAGAGCUCAACGGCGACACGGGCUGGCAUCAACCCCAUCACCUCUGAUGCCGUACCUAAGAAAUAGAGCAUUCCCUCCGGGCAUGGCAGCGCGCAACUUUAGGAAUCUAGAGAGACUAGGUUUGCAGCGCAUAUAUCAGCUAGUGCAGGAUGCAGAGGUAGUGACUUUCGACGCCUUACAACAUAGGGGGCAUCUCACUCCCGCAGACUUUUUCAGGUACCUACAAAUAAAAGAUUUUGCUAAACUGACAUGGGUCCGUGCGGCGGCCCAAAAGCCCUUGACUUUUUUCGAACAAAUUUGCAUUCAGGUCCAUAUGCCUAAGGGCCUGAUAACUCGGCUGUACGCCCACCUCUGCUCAGUGCCUAACGACGAGGGUGGGCUGGCGUACAUGGACCAUUGGGAGAGAGACCUAGGGGAACAACUAGAAGGGAUAGAAUGGCAGGAGAUUUGGGAAGCCAACCACAAGUCCUCUGUUUGCGUAGCAUUCCAGGAGCAGGCGAUUAAGACGAUGAUUAAGACGAUGCGAUUAAGACGACGCCUGUAAAACUGUAUCAAAUGAAGAAGAGCACUACGGAUGUAUGUUGGAGAGGGUGCGGAAUUAAAGGGAUGUAUAUCCACAUGUGGUGGGAAUGCCCUCUGAUAGCAAGCUUCUGGCACCAAAUUAAGGACCUACUAACCCAGGUCCUGAGCAGAGCUCCCCCCCUAGACCCGUGGGUAUAUCUGCUCAGCAGAAAGAUAGAUGGGUGGUCUAGAAACGAGCAAAAACUUAUACACAACAUAACUCUAGCAGCUAGGAGAGCAGUGGCAGCGGACUGGCUAAAACAAACCACCCCACAGAUGGCAGCAGUCGUCAAUAGAAUUAAGGAAGUCCACUUGAUGGACGAUCUGACAGCAAGAGUCAGAGGCACCCAAAAACGGUUCCAAAAAAUAUGGUCUCCUUGGGAAGACAGUCCCUUGAGCUGAACCACCUGGCAGGUUUGCCCCUUUUUUUUUUAGGCCCCGCCGAUCAGGCACCUCUUUGGAAGAUGCCCCCCCCUCUUUAAUCCUUUCCCUCUUCUCUUUCUCUAACUCUGUCUACCUGGAUACCACAGGUAUAAACAUGACAGUAUACAACGUAUCAUAUUCGCGAGUUUUGUUAUAAAUAAAAUGUACGUGGCAGGGGGUAAAGCUGCGAAGUUUUAUUCCUCCAUAUAGUGGUGGCUUAUGUUUUGGAGGACAGGAGGUACCCUGUUUUACAAUAUAUGUGUUAAUCUCUUACAAACUGUGCAAUGCUCUCGAGUUAUACAUGUUAUCUUUGUCAACAUAAAUAAAGAAUUAAAAAAAAAAAAAGAAUGAGGAGGAUUGCCCUGCUUGGAAGUGUCAUAAUAACCUCUAAAUGACAAUCACUAUAUAGGCAGGCUGUAGAUGCUGGAUUGAAAGGGAGGUGAAUUAAUAUCGGUGCACACACAACUGACACACUGUAUUUUGAAAUUGGUAUAAAAUAUUUCCAGAGCAGCUUUUUAUUCCCAGUCUGACCCUGCCUAUAUGUAAAGUAAAAAGCUAAUUCUAUUUUAUAUUUGACUAGUUUAAUCACCAACUAUGACAGAUCCAUUUCACGUGUGCUUAAACUACAUGAGACUCUUCUUUGAUGUACUUUAAAUAUAAUAAGUAUAAACAGUUGCAGUUUCAGCAUGCGACAUGUUAAAGUUUAAUCAUGCAUGAGUCAGUCAAUUUAAAUAGCUCAUUCACUGAUUGACUCUACCUUUAGAUACACAGGUUAGCUCCAAAGCUGAUUAUGUGCGAUUAUGACAUUGGAGUUAGAAAGUGUGCCCAUUUCCCUUCCUCGCUUAUGAUCCGUUUAUAUUGUAACAUAAUCAGCUAACUACGUCGUGAUACUUUCUUUAUUAUAUUAUUGGUUUGCAAAAAAAACUCCAACAAAGCAUAUUGCCUUAACAAUAACAGAAGUUAAAGGAGAAGAUAAUUGGCAUGACAAAUAUUAAACUCUUGGCUACCAAUUGUUUUACAUGAACAAACAUUUUAACAGUGUUCGGACAGAGAAGCUCAAGAAACAGCUCUCCAUUUCUGUGUUCUACUGUGGCUGCUGAAGUUUAAAGAUGGUAGGGUGGCUCCCACCCCUUCCGCCGACUUGUUGGAUUCUACUCACUUUAAAACCCAUGAGAUGCCAUGCCCCGUUUAAAACCAGCUGUUAAAAGGAGAAUGAAAACUGCAGAUAUAAUCAUGACAGACGCACGAAUCAUUAGUCCUUACAACACCAAUAGAAUUUACUUUUUUUUUUUUUUAAAGAAAAAAAACUCUGGGUUAGUAGAUUCACCACCCCACAUACCGCUCUGGACCAGCUUGCACUGGUUAUAGUGCCACAUGUUACUAUAGUAAUAUGAUACACAUUUUAAAUGCAUUUUUUAGAAAAAAAUAUACAAUUUAAUUUGACCUCUGGGAUUUAGCAUGUUUUGUGAAUGUCUGGUAUAAGAACAGAAUAUCAUGUUUAAUUAUAUAUACAUUAGACAUUUUGGUUGGUUGCUAGUGGUAUCAUGGCUUUCCGUACCUUUCUUUUAACCUUACCUUUACUCACAGCUCCAUGAUCAAGGUCCUUCUUUUUCUAUGUGAAAGGUCAUAAGUUUUAAAAGAAGCUAUGGUGUCAGUUAGAUUGUAUUUGUGUUUCCUUAUCAUUGAAUGCACACAAACAGGAAGCCUAUGCUAGGGUUCAUGGUAUCUAUUUGACAUGAAUCAUAUGUUCAAUUAGUAUAUUUAUUGCUUAUGAUGUAAUUACUGGCAGGUUUUUAAAUGCGCUUAUUUAUUUUUGUAAUAAUUGAUAUAUUUCUUUACAGACAAUAAAUUACAAAAUGAUUUAGUACUAUUUUAAAAUAUUUUUUUUUUAUUAACAAAUGUUUCAUAAAAAGCAUAAAACAAUUUCAAAACAAUAAUAUAACAAUUCAGACAAUAUUAAUGAGGAAGGGGUAAAUUAUUUAGUAUUCUAUUUGAAAACAAUAGCACUUUAUAGUCUUACGUAAUCUCAUUUCCAAACAGUCCCAAAUUUGGCGAUACUGUCCUGAUUUCCGGCUGUCUUUCCAGCCUGGGUUUACUAGGAUUUUGUCCUCAGCAAGCACAAGACAAGCACAUUAUUAAAUACAUUUGUGCUGUACGGAAUGGAGUCAGGGCACUUCAGUAGCUCUGACCUUGAGUGGUGCCGGCCUGAGAGGCUGUGUGAUGUAGCACCCACUUUAUUUGCUGUUACUUCCCUUUCUAUGGCAGGCCCGCACCUUGGCAGAGCCAAACGCUACCCUAGUGGAGACACAGAGGGUGGAGACACUGAAUUUUAGUGCUGUACACUGUGCAGCACUGCCCUAGGAAGCACCUAUGGUAGCCAUUUGAGUGGUCAGUGGAGCUAUAACUAGGCUGUAAUGUAAACAUUGCAUUUUCUCUAAAAAGACAGUGUUUACAGCAAAAAGCCUGAAGGGAAUGAUUAUACUCACCAGAACAAAUACAAUAAGCUGUACUUGUUCUGGUGACUAUAGUGUCCCUUUAAGUUGCAUUAUAUCAUACUUUGUAUAUGUUAUGUCAUAAAACGAAGUGCUACCAUACACUAAGAUUGUUUGUUUGGCAUGUCCACAGUUACUGUGAUUUGUUAUAGGUGCUCUUUAUAUGUAUACUAUGCAUUUACCUCAGUAAAAAAAUAAAGAAAGAAAAAUGAUAAAGGCAAAUGCCUGUGGGAAGUCUUAAAGCAGAUCUGUCCCUUCUGGGUAUUUCAUAUGAAACACCCAUGCAGACUACGUUGGAAUUUCAUUGAAAAUAAAACACAAGCCAAAAAUACCAUAAGAGAUAGAAGGGGAUAUUGAUGAUCCUCCACAAUUUUUUCCGCCUUGAUAUUUUUUUAUGGAUGAUAAAUAGACAUUUUUAUUGCAGCUCCUGCUAUUGCUGUCCUCUUGGUAGAGCAUAGAUUUACCAUAUUAAUAAUUUUUACCUGGCAGGUGAAGCAUCACGAGCUAAACAAGGUAUCCAGGAAGCCAUGAGGGACAUUUUUACCUAACCUUCGGUGGUCUGUGCAAAAUUUGCAAAGUCUUUUGAAAGUGAUAGAGCUGCUUUACAAAAUUAUUAUUCAAGGCUGUAUUCAUACUAUUGAAAUAUCGUUGCACUCUUAGACCCUGGAUGCCCCCGUUCCCUUUUUAAAUUGGUGAUAACACUUUUUUUUAACAUUUAGUUAUCAGCACACUUUUCUGUAGAGGCUUCUGUUAUGCUGCACCCUUUCUAUUUCCCACAGCAACAAAGAAAUGACAUGUGAUAAAUCAAAUUAAAAAAACAAGCAUGAACAUUACAAUAACAAUGUUCUCCCAGUAACACUAUGAUAGACUGUAGCUUUGGGUGCUGGUCUUUUAAUACUAUUUAUUUAUAUAUAUAUUUUUUUUCUUUGUUAUUUGCAUUUCUUUGCAUUCAGAGGGGCUUUAUUACACUUUCGCGUUCUGUUUGUCUUCUCCUUGCUGUCCCCACUGCUGUCAAUUUUUGUUCCUCACCUUACUCAUAGUAGGUAUCCAGUUUUAGUGGUGAUCAGACGGCUCUUUGCUCCCUGCGUUCCCUUUAGCUUUUUUUCAGUUGUGAGUAUUCCCCUUUUUUUCCUUUUUUGCACUUUAUUCCUGUUGGUAAUUCAACCCUGAGUAUUUAGGUGAUUUGAUUUCUUUAGGUGUUAGAAACACUUUUUACUCUAACUACUAAAAAUCCUGCCGUCCGCAGGGCUCGUUACAGGCCCAGUUGCCUGUCCCUCUGGCAUCUCAGGUGGCCACGAUACCCCUUGCCUCUCAACUUGCGCGCCCAAUGCCGCAAGGCCUUGGCAAAAUCUAAACACUCCUCCAAAACCAAUAAGAUGGGCAAUUUUGCACCUGUCAACGAUGGCGUGCAAGUGGAACCACCAUGCAAAAUAACCACUAACAGGGCAAAAGUGACAAGAAUAUUAAAAUGGGAAAAUGCCCAAAGAGAUUGCUCUUAGUCGUAUCUCCAGUAUGUAUGAUCCAGAGUCCUAUUCGGACCCAUCUUACAAACUAUCUCAUCCUGAGUCAGAUUGUGACAUUGUUGUGGAUCAGGCCCCCUCUUAUAACAUUGCUAUGUACUUGGCUUCUGGCACUCAGAUUAGUCGCCAAUUGUUGACCAGUAAGUAUAAAAUAAAUGCGAGCCCCUAUGUGCCCCCAAUGACUUAUGUCAUCCAUGAUCACCUGCUGAGCAUGUAGCACGUUAUAUUGCUGCCCGGGUCCACACACCUCUAGACAAGGCCCCUGGUGGAUCGCAAGAUUGUAUUGUUUCUAGGGAAGCCCAAGGAGGACUUUAAUUUCUCCAUGCAAAAUUUUUGAGGCAGGAAAGAAUCUUUGGACCAGAUACUGGAUCACUUAACCGUUAGAGGUUUGAUUCAGAGAUUGAUUUGCCUAAUCAACAACGCAAACACCAAAGUUGCCACUUUGCACCGCAAAUUGAUUUUUUUUUUAAUUUUACCAAAACUAGUUAACCUGGCAAUCACAGAACUGGGCGCUCAAGUUAAGUGUUUCCUAUUCUUGGAUUCCUUUAUAAAAGGACCUGGGGUCUUACAUUCAGACUUUCACAGCCUUGGACAAAGCACAGGCCAUCAUGUGGAGGGUGUUCCAUCCUAAGGUUUUGGCUGGAGCCGGAAGAGCCAGGAGCCGUCUAUCUGGCCGAGGUUCACAACGCCAGAACUGAUGUUCCUACAUUGCGUGUCAAGAGGCACACAAGGCGCUCCUUUGGAACAGCAUCCCUGAUGGUAAAUUACUGUGAUUACCUUUCUUCCCUAUGAAUGGCGGGGGCAGAUUCAUCCAGUUUUCCCAUGUUUUAUCCCUUAUUACUACAGAUGCUCAGAGCUGUGUUUCUUCGUAGGGAGAUUGUUUUUCCCGAGAAGAUAUGAUCCUCAUUUCAAAGGAGAUACAAGAGUAGGCACACAAAGGAGCCAUUCUCAAAAUUCCGAUGCACACUCUGGGUUUUAUGAACAAUGAAUUUGUUUCUGGUCCCAAGAAGGGGGUGGACUCUGCUUAGUGAAGAGAUUGGACUGAGUCAACAGUGUCACACCCUACCUAUUGUAUGCUUAAAGUAGGAUGGUCAAAGAGACCCAUUGUGUUGCAAGAGCUGGCUCAACCAUUUCUUCACUGUAAUUACUGUACCUGCAUACUCCUCCUUGUAUUAUGUAAACUUGCCUUAAAUGUAUUAUGCAAAUGUUUGUCAUGCCUGAAUUUAGAAAAAGAUGUGUGAUCAUACAAUAAAGCAGUUCGGUUUUAUAUUAAGAGGUUUGCUUGUCUCUUUCUUUGUUAUAACUAUCUAUGAUCUGCUAUAGUGCGAUCGCUUAUAGUAGAAUUGCUAGUGGUUUUUAUUUAGAUAGAAUAUCCUGUUAUACCCGAAGCAUCUUGGUAUAUCCUGCUUUGCCGUGAGAUUAGCAACUUAAGUACAAGAGUCCUAGCAUUCAGGGUAGACGUUUGCCAGGCGAACUAGUGGAAGUUCUUCCAGGUGAUACAAGGUCUGAAAUGUUAUGUCUUUGGUAACAGAGACACCAGGACCAUAUCACUUCCAACUGAAUCACCAGCGAGGAGAGACGCUGCAUUCACUAGUUGGAAAAGUACAGGCUAAUGAAAAGAAUCCCACGGGUGAUACUAGGCCUAAACUGGUCCACUCUCAGGGUCAGAGACACCAGGGCCAUAUCAUCAUGGCAGUGCUAUGGCAUCUAAGGCCUCUUUAAUUGGCUGUCAUUUGGAAGAUUAUAUUAUGAAAGUGGCUGAUUGGUCCUUGGAGUCCACUUUCCAUGAUUUUAGCUUCCAACCUAUUCCCCAUUUUGUGGGAGGUGUGAUUUCACAUUUUUAAACUAUCAUAAUAGGAGCCUCCGUGUAUUGAAUAAAAUCCCCAGAUUUUACUAUUAAAAUGUCGUUUAUGCCACCAUCCCACUCCAUCGAUGUUCACUUUAUACUUCAAGGUAAGUUUGACCACCAUUUUUUUUCUCCACUUAUGGAGAUAUAUGUCCUUACACGCAAGUCUCUGGGGUUUUUAUAUACAAAACUUUGAUUUUAUUAUGAUUUCCUGAUUGUUUUACAUGAGCCAUUAGAUUAUUACUGAUAAUUUAAGAUAUGUUUCUGUUUGUAUAAAUAUUCCAUAAAUAUACACAAUAUUACCAUAUAUCUCUUAUUUUUACAAGAGUGACCAAACUUACAAGAGCCUUCUGGAUCCUAUGUGUUGUUCCAGUUCUAUUUUUCCAGGCUGUGUUUCGUUAUCAGUUCUCAUUCUGGACCACAAGAAAGAGCACGUUAUUACUUAAGUGUCGCCAGUUAUAGGAUAAGGACGUUGCUGAUUGGCUGAUCAUGUAACUAGGCGAAUAUUGUUACUGUAAUGUUCAUGCUUGUUUUUAUAUUGAUUUUUUUAUGUUAUUUCUUUGCUGCUAAGAGAAAAAAAGAGAACGCUGCAUAAUAGGAGCCUCCGUGUCAUUAAUAAAAUCAUGACGUAAAAAAAAAUAAAAAAAAGGAAUGUGUUCAUACUCUAAAAACUGGGAUGGAGGUGUUAGUUAAUGAAGACCAGGAAAAGGCAGAAAUUUUAAAUAACUAUUUCUCCUCCGUAUAUAUUAAGGAAAAACCUAUGGCAAUAGAUAUGCAAAUGAUUACUCAAGACAAAGUGCUACAGCAAGCAACUAAAGAAAGUUAAUAUAAACAAAGCUCCAGGGCCUGACGGUAUUCAUUCACAAGUACUUAAGAACUAAGUGUGGAAAUAAUUGAACCUCUGGUUUUUUUUUUUAAACAUUCUUUAUUUUUUUGAACCUCUGGUUUUAACCUUUCAAGAUUCUUUUCUUUCAGGAAGUGUUCCGGAGGAUUGGAAGAAGGCAGAUGUGGUUCCUAUAUUCAAAAUGGGUUCAAAAUAAUUGCCUGCAAAAUAAUUGCCUGCAAAUUAUAGACCUGUGAGCUUAACUUCUGUGGCUGUGAAAGUAUUUGAAAGGUUAUUAAGGAAUAAUAUUCAGGAAUUAAUUGGGAAGAACAUUGUUAUCAGCAAUAAUCAGAAUGGUUUUAUGAAACAUAGGUCAUGUCAAACAAACCUAAUUGCAUUAUAUGAAGAAGUAAGUAGAAGUAUAGAUCAGUGGGGGGCGUGGCCUGGACGCGGACGAAAAUGGCAGCUUAGGCAGAGAGCUCCGUCCCACAAGCUCCAACAGCACGCUGUCAGCACAGCCCGGCACGGACAUGGGACGCACAAAAAGAGUGGAGGGCUCCCAGACACCAAGGGGGAACCCCCCUAGCACCCCAGCUGGACCCAUGGACGGGUUCCUAACGCCCGCAACAACCACACGCCAGGAGGCCGCAGACCCCAACAUGGCCGACUCCCCGACCGGAACGUCACCUGAGAGCGGCGAAACCACGCUGGCAGACAUCAGUGCCGAGAUCAGGGCACUUGCUGCCAACAUGGUAACCAAGGAUGACCUCCGCGGCCUAUCUGAAACCCUGCAUGCUGCAAUACACACAGAGGUAACUGCACUGAGAGCAGACUUGGUGACACAGGGCAGCAGACUCCAGCAAUUAGAAAACACCACACAAGCCCACACAGCUCAAGCAGAGGCCUCUAACUUAGCCAUCACUAGACAGGGGAAUAUGCUAUUAACCCUGAGGCGCCAUACUGAAGAUCUGGAUAACAGAGGCCGCAGAUCCAACAUAAGGGUGCGCGGCAUACCAGAAUCCGCGGGGGACGAAGAUGUGGAGGCUUUGCUGCGCGCACUAUUCAGAGGUAUCUUGGGGGCUGAGACGCCGGCCACGAUAGAGUUCGACAGGGCGCAUAGGGCCAACAGGCUGCGCACAAUGGAGGGGACUCCACGAGACGUCAUUUGCUGCAUGCACCAAUAUAAGCUAAAAGAAAAGAUCAUGGCCAAAGCGAGAUCCAGACCCACUUGGAGAUUCCAAGACGCAGAUGUGGCUCUAUACCAAGAUCUCUCGCCCCUGACGUUAGAGGCGCGCAGAGCACUGAGACCGAUCACGACACAACUGCAGGAGAGGAGGAUCACUUAUAAGUGGGGCUAUCCCUUCGCUCUCCUAGCCAGGCACCAAAAUGAGUGGAUACCCCUGCGAUGGCCGGAGGAGGCACCCAGAUUCUUACAGCGCUUGGGCCUGCCGCCCACAGAAAUCUCCAACUGGAUCCUGAACCAACCUGAACAGAGACCUGGCCCACAGACGCCGAGACAACAACGCCGACGCAGGGAAGAGACGCCGCGGCGUCCAGUAGCCCGCAGACAACUGGAGCCCGGUGACCCAGAAGAGUAAGAUUGGCGAGGCCCCCCUCCCCUUUGCUCCUCCUCCGCCUCCCGGCCGGCCCUGGCGCGGAACUCACCUCCCGAUGAAGAGCUAGCAAGACGGACCUGGAGGUCCUCUAAAUACCAGAAGACGCCUGAUACCAGAUAAGUCUCCACUGCACGCACAAGUACACCUUGGCCCUUACACGCUUACCUAACUCAUCAGCUCGCACGAGACAUUAAGCAGAGACACACACUUGGCAUGCAGCUCACAAACCUUACGCACCCACCUCUCUCUUUUUUCUUUGGGAGGGGGCACACAAUGGGGGGAAGGCAUUUCUAACAGAGGGCACCAAGACGUACCAGCACCAAUACUAUCUGGCAAUUAUGAGAACUGGGGACACCUCUGGCGCCAUUGUGAGGAUAUCACCUCAAGGGGCAAGCGAAACAGGAGGAUUGUCGGGGCGGGGGUGGGGGGGCUGGGGAAUUUGGGGGGGGGACGCCGGACACUGCACAAAUGAACCGUGCACUGGGAACUAAUAUAUUUGCCUCCUCGACCCAGUUGGGCUAUAUGGAACAGGAGACCAGCCUGGAAAAAUCCAGACAGUAAUAAGACAUGCAAUACCUAAUGCUGGUGGGCACGGGGGGUGGGGGACGGGGGGCAAUGGGAUGAUUGUACUUUGAACAGCUUUUUUACUAUGUACCGGAGGAGGGGACUCAAUGGGGGCGGGGUGGAUGGGAGGUGGAAUAGAGGAUGGAGGGGUGGAAAAUGUCAAACGAAUUAAUGCUUUGUUUAUGAUGACUGCGACGACACCACGCACCUAUGACCCACCAACCCAAGGUGACAGAGCACCAAAGAUAUGGAAAGGCCCAGACCAUUGGAAAAAUAGGCUGACAAAAAAAAUAAAAAAAAAAAUAAAAAAAAAAACACCAUCAAUGGGAACCCCCAUCUAACCACCGAGCUAUCCUAACCCAGACAGAUCUGACCUGCCUGGUCUGACAUGGUAGAGGCCAGCCUGCAUCCCUGCCUGCCGCCCCCCCCUCCCCGGAGGCCCACGGUUGCGAAUAUUUCUCCAGGAGACAGCAGUUGUCACCUCGGCCCCAACCGGCCCACGACAUUGGGAGGACCACGACUUCCCGAGCCAAUCAGACACCCAGCCGUGACCAUAGAGCAGACAAAACAAAAGAGACAGCGCACAUGACUAGCAUAUACAUAAGUGGGGAACGGACCUUGCUCCUGAGCUGACACUACAUGACCACCCACAGACACCUGAGACCAAACAGGUACUCAUCACACUGACCGCCUGACCGGUCCACCCCCAACAGGACCUGUGUUCUACCAAACUACUGGGGGAGACAGAUCCGCGGCUGUCCUAGGAAUCUAGAAGACGGUGCGGACCUGAUACUCGAUCCAGUCACACAGGUUACCCUCACUCCGAGGGACCUAGACGCCUUGGGGACCCCCGGCCCCGCCCGGACUUGGAAAAUCUUCCCUUCCCUCCUUCCCUACCUAGCCACCACCCUCCCCCCCCCACGUAUAGCGAUUGACACACUCGAACCCCGGGUGCCCUGAAGACCCUACACCAUGGCGUUCACAGAUGCCCCCUUCCAAAUCCUCACGCAGAACUGCAGAGGACUGAACGCCCCUGAGAAGCGCACGCACCUCCUACGGGAAUUGAAAAAGCAACACGUGUCCGUAGCACUGUUGCAAGAAACACAUCUGAGAGCGGCCGAAACACAUCGAUUGACGGACAGAUGCUUCCCGGACAGCUUCCAUAGCACCACCCAACAGCACGCAAGGCGGGAGUGGCGAUUCUCCUGGCCUCCAACCUUCACUUCCACCGAAGCGACGCGCUGGCCGAUCCAAAUGGCAGAUACCUUUUCGUAAAGGGGACGAUAGCCCAGAAGACGUACACGUUUGCUUCAAUCUAUGCCCCAAACGCCAAACAAGCAAAAUUUCUCCGCAACACACUGCUCAAGCUCGCCAACUUCACGGAGGGUGCCCUCGUGGUAGGGGGGGACUUCAACACCCCACUGGAACCGAUCCUAGACUCCUCAACGGGACACAGCAGCAUCCCACAAACAGCAAUUCGGACGGUCCGAAGGACCCUACACGAACUGCGAUUGGUGGACGUAUGGCGUACCCUACACCCAGGAGACCGAGAUUACACGCAUUACUCGGCCAUGCACAAUAGGCAUGCUAGGAUAGACUACCUUUUCAUCCAACAAGAAGGACUGCAAAGACUACUGCAGGCAGACAUCCGCCCCACUCCAUGGUCGGACCAUAGCGCAGUAUACAUGCGCAUGGAAUCACCCCUAUACAGACCUACCCGGACCGUAUGGCGCUUAAAUGAACUACUCCUCUCCGACGAACCGACGCAGGCACAAUUACUGGAACAACUAAAUAACUACUUCACUGAAAACGACACCGAAGAAAUCUCCGCACUUACUCUGUGGGAGGCCCACAAAAGCGUUCUCAGGGGACUACUUAUCCGGAUAUCAGCGCAAAAAAAGAAAGAAGCACAACGACAAAUGACGGCACUAGCGGAACAGAUAGCAACGCUGGAAACGCUGCACAAGAGGACCCGACAGGAGGAGCAUUACCGCACUCUUUUGACCCUCAGACGGCAACUAUCGGACCUGAUAGCCCGCAAACACCACAGGUCGAUCCAGAGAUCGAAGGCCUUCUUCUACAUCCAUGCCAACAAGGGAGGAAGGCUGCUAGCCCGCAUGCUGCGGAACCAACAAACAAGCGCACAGGUAAGCGCGCUGCGAACAGCCAGGGGCACCACUACGCAAUUCCCUGAAGAGAUUGCAAAUGAAUUCCGCUCGUACUACGAAGACCUGUAUAACAUACCGCCCGAAACCCCGGACGCGGACGAGACCGGCACCGCAGGAGACAUCGCACGCUACCUUAGAGACUUCAACCCUGAAACCCUAUCCCAGCAGGAAGCAGACGCUCUAGACGCCCCGAUAUCUACAGACGAGAUACUGGCAGUGAUAAAAACCACAAAAAAAGGAAAGGCACCAGGCCCGGACGGGUUCUCGGCGGGCUACUAUAAAAAGUUCAGAGACAUCUUAGCCCCACGUAUCGCCAACGCCUGCAAUCAUCUCCGGGAUGGGGGUAUAUUUCACAGAGAAUCCCUAGCAGCCAUAAUCACAGUGAUUCCCAAACCCGGUAAGAGCCCGGAAAUUUGCGGCAAUUACCGACCCAUAUCGCUGCUAAAUGUGGACGUGAAGAUUUUCUCCAAAGUACUAGCUACGCGACUGCAACAAUUCUUGCCAAGGCUAGUCCACCCAGACCAGACAGGGUUCAUUCCGGGAAGAGAGGCCAGGGAUAGCACACUGCGGGCCUUCACCAUACAAAGCCUGGCGCGUAGGGGAACAUCGGACUUCCUUAUGCUCUCCACAGACGCAGAAAAGGCGUUCGACCGGGUACAGUGGAGCUUCAUGUUGGCAGCGCUGAAGGCGAUGGGUCUAGGGAACGGCAUACUCACCUGGAUAACGGCACUAUACACCGACCCAACCGCCAGAGUACGGGUAAAUGGAGCACUCACAGACAACUUUGACAUCAACAACGGAACCAGACAGGGAUGCCCGCUGUCCCCCCUCCUCUUCGCCCUCUCAUUGGAGCCGUUUCUAGACAAGAUCAGAAGGACACCAGAGAUCCAGGGAUUUCAACAGAAAGACCAGACACACAAGGUGGCCGCAUACGCGGAUGAUAUGCUUUUCUUCGUCGCGGAACCUCAGGGCACACUGCCGGCCCUCCUACGGGAGUUCAAGCAAUACGGGCGGAUAUCAGGACUCAAGCUAAAUCUAGCAAAAUGCGAAAUCCUGGCAAUACACACCGAAAGGAACACGCAGGAGAGACUCCAACGCAAGUUCCCUUUUCACUGGUGCAAGGAACAGAUGCGCUACCUGGGGAUUUGGCUCUGCCGUGACUCGGGCGAGACAUACGAAAGGAACUAUACACCCCUCUUACGCACUAUACUGACGGACCUGUCGAGAUGGUCGUACGACCACAUCUCUUGGCAAGGCCGAAUAGCGGUGGUCAAAAUGAAUAUCCUCCCCCGCCUCCUCUACUGCUUCAGCGCUAUCCCCUGGCACCUGCCACAGGACUUCUUCACCAGGCUCAAAACAGCGGUGACGAGGUAUGUAUGGAAGGAAGGGAGACCACGGCUUAAGCAUGAAAGACUAUGUUUGCCAAAAUCAUGGGGAGGCCUGGCCCUGCCGGACUUUCGGAGAUACUUCCACGCGACAGUACUGCAAAGAAUUCGAGAAUGGCACACGGCCCCCACCAACAAACUAUGGACAAGGCUGGACAGGGAAAGCACAAACAGAGCACUCCACACAUACAUCUGGCAUCGUCCGACAGGGGCUACACAAGCCCUGGGUGCGGAGUCCCCAGUGACGCAGACGCUGAAAACCUGGACCACCCUGCGAAGGGAAGCUCACAUCUCGCCACAGCCAAGCCCCCUGAUCCCCCUGACAUAUAACGUAACCAUAGGAGGGGGACUACACGCAAACGCGUGGCCAACGCAAGGAGCAGAGGGAUAUGUACCCCUGAGUUCGGUCCUGACAAACGCCAGCCUGCGCAGCCUUCAAGAUUGGGCGGACACAGAUCGUCCGACAGUAAUGCACCGUUUCCAUUACGCACAACUGCGACACUUUUACCACAAUAUGCCCAAUAGGGAAGCGGUACACAGAGAAUGGACCUGGUUCGAACACCUCUGCCAGAGCUAUCCAGAGGCAGAUGGUAGAGUAUCGGGCAUAUACCAGCAAUUGCUCACAGGGGAACUUUCCAGAAACAACGCCUUCCAGAGGCAGUGGGAGGAAUUGACAGACAGAACCUUCACAGACGCCCAAUGGGCGCAAAUUCUCAUAUUACAACACAAAAGCUCCAUAAGCACCAGGUACCAAGAGGUGAACUACAAGCUGAUCUCCCAGUGGUACAGAACACCAGCAAAACUACACAGGAUAUUCCCAGGGGUUCCAGAUACUUGCUGGAGAUGCGAAACGCAGCGAGGUACACUGCGCCACAUUUGGUGGGACUGCCCUGGGAUCAAGCCAUUCUGGGAGGAGAUACAGCGGGAAAUCACUACAAUUCUGGGUGAUCCACCAGACUUUAGCAUAGAGGCUGUGCUCCUACACUUCUUCACGGGACAGCUGGCACAAUACAAACGCUCAAUCCUACGACAUCUGCUGAAUGCGGCCAAAGCAUUGAUCCCAGCGAAAUGGAAGCAAACCCAGCCACCUUCCAAAACGGAAUGGCUGCAGAGAAUAGAAGAGAUCCACACAGCUGAGGCGAGAUAUGCUGAAAUACUUGGAAGGAGGGACAAACACCUUGAACUGUGGACGCCAUGGUACUUAUACACGUCACAACAAGGAUAGGGGAUGGGUCACCACGGGGAUCCUAGACAGCUGGACCAACACGCGCAUCUUAACACAAUCACCCUCUUCCCCACCUCAACCAGACCUGAACUGAUGGACUAACUCGGGAGUCAGGACAGACUCAUGCCACACCAUAGCUAUGCCCCACACCUUCCAGACCUCCCCCCUUACACACUCCCACCCAUACCUAUCUUUCCCCUCCUCUUCCCUCUCUCUUUCCCCGGGCGAGGCCGGGGACCGCCAGGCGCAACAGGGCCACGAUAUAUUUGAGCCCGAGAAGGCACCACGACUUCCCUAUGGGACGUGGGCCCAACGAGACAUCGCUCAAUUGACUCAGAGGGGUCCCAUGACGUGGGAACUCCCACAAUAAACAGCAAACACAAGCCAACUCUGGAUGACUGAUACAACUGAGCACUGAGACAUCACACCAUCCCCAUCCGAAGGGGGAAACACUUCAGACACACCAUAGAUACCACACGUGGACAGCGACUGAAGCAUGAUAACGAUGACCGACCACAAGUAAGCAAUGCGACAGAGACGGCUGGCCUGGGUGCCCCCCCCCCCCCUCGCGGCGGGGGAGGGGACGCAGACCCGGGGAGAGGGGGUAGCUGACCCAGGAGAGAACCCACAACAUAUCUAGGCACCACCAAAGUUAAGGAAAAGACAACAGGAAAGGGAGCCCCAGGCCAGGUGCACGACUAUAGGACCUGAUCCCGCAAACCGACCCCUUUCUCACUCCCCAUGUACGAGGACGUGACCUGGGACCUACCGCACCACUCACCAUCGGAUUGAGGUUCAGCUAUAGAAUUAUACGGCCCUCACUGAUGUGGGCCAGCGGUCAUCCGCUUCCGAUAACGUUUUAUAAAGGUUCAUCUAGAGUUGGCGGUACCUGUGUCAGACGCAAUUGGAGACCUGCGAGUCUCACUGACGAUAUAAGCUCUGCUAUCUGUUAUUGUUUGAACUGCUAAUAAAAGCUUUAUUUACAAAAAAAAAAAAAGAAGUAUAGAUCAGUGUGCUGCAGUGGAUGUGGUUUACUUGGAUUUUGCCAAGGCUUUUGAUACAGUUCCUCACAAUGGGUUAGUGUUCAAACUCGGUCUAGAAAUCGGUCUAGAUGAAAAUUCUUCUUCUUGGGUAUAACAUUGGCUUAAAAAUAGAGUACAGAGAGUUGUCAUUAAUCGUACAUUUUCUAACUGGACAGAGGUGGCAAGUGGUGUCCCUCAGGGUUCUGUUCUGGAACCCCUUUUAUUUACCAUGUUUGCAAAUAUUCUUGAAAAAAGUAUUGAAUGUCUCUUAUGAGCAAGAUAGUACUUUGCUGCAGAGGGAUUUAGAUAGACUGGGGGACUGGGCACUCAAAUGGCAGAUGAAGUUUAAUGUUAAAAAAUGCAAAGUUAUGCAUUUUGGCGUAAAGAAUGCACAAGAAACUUAUGCCCUUAAUGGGAGCGAAUUAGGGAUAACAACAAACGAGAAGGACUUGGGCAUUGUUAUUGACAACAAACUAUGUAACAAAGUGCCUGGGCACACCCUAAUCCCCGCGGCACGCGCUAUGUGCCUCCCUCCAUGGGCCGGCGAGGGAGAUCAAAGAUCUUGUCAGCAGCUCCGCCGGGUUCCUCUCGCGCGGUCGAAGCGUUGCCACCUCGCAAGAGUGAACUCUAGCCCCACAGGCUAGAGUUCACUCUACACUGGACCACCAGGGAAGGCAGGAGCACGGUCCCCACUCCCUACAUAAGGUAAGAAGGGAGGGGGGAUAUUAACUAAACAGCCCCCACACCCCCACAUAUUACACACAAACAUACAGCACACACACAUACAUCACCCUUACGCACACACACUCUAACAGCACACACUAACAGCACCCUUACACACAGCACCCUUACACACUAACAACACCCUUACACACACACACUAACAGCACCCUCACACUAACGCCCUUACACACACAGCACCCUCACACAUACACACACAGUACACACUAACAGCACCCUUACACACAGCACCCUCACACACACAGCACACACUAAAAACACCCUUACACACACACACUAACAGCACCUUCACACUAACAACACCCUUACACACACAUCACCCUCACACAUACACACACAGCACACACUAACAGCACCCUUACACACAGUACCCUUACACAUACACACAUUAACAGAACCCUCACACACACAGCACACACUAACAGCACCCUUACAUACACACAUAAACAGCACCCUCACACACAGCACCCUUACACACACACAGCACACACUAACAGCACCCUUACACACACAGCACCCUCACCCACACACACAAAGCACACACUAACAGCACCCUUACACACACAGCACCUUUACACACACAGCGCCUGCACACACAGCGCCUUCAUACAGCACCCUCACACACAGCAGUGUGUGUGUGUGUGUAUGUGUAUAUAUGUGUGUGUACAUAUAUAUGUAUAUGUGUGUGUGUAUAUAUAUAUAUAUAUACGCGGCGUGUGUGUUUCUGCUUUAGGGUGCACACCCUUAUAAAAUAGGCUGCACACGCCUAUGACAAAGUGCAAUGUCAAUCAGCAGUGGCUAAGGCCAGUAAGGUAUUGUCAUUCAUGAAAAAGGGCAUUCAUUCUUGGGAUGAGAAUAUAAUUUUGCCUCUUUAUAAAUCACUGGUAAGACCACAUAUUGAAUAUGCUGUGCAAUUUUGGGCACCUGUUCUAAAGAAGGAUAUUAUGGCACUAGAACGAGUGCAGAGGCAGGCUACAAAAUUAAUAAAAGGAAAGGAACAUUUUAGUUAUGAAGGAAUGGUUAAGAAAUGUAAACCUCUUUAGUUUAGAAAAACUUCACCUCGGAGGGGAUAUGAUAACAUUAUACAAAUAUAUCCGGGGCCAAGACAAACCAUUGUGUGGAAAUCUAUUCACAAACAGGACUUUACAUUGGACACAAGGUCAUGCGUUUAGACUGGAAAAAAGAUUUAGUCUAAGGCAAAGGAAAUGUUUUUUACUGUAAGAACAAUAAGGAUAUGGAAUUAUCUGCCUGAAGAAGGGGUUUUAUCAGAGUCCAUACAGAUGUUUAAACCGCAACUAGAUAAACAGAAUAUUCAAUUAUAUCAUUUUUCAACUGUAGGGUAAUAACUGCUUGAUCCAAGGAUAAAUCUGACUGCCAUUCUGGGGUCAAGAGGGAUUUUUUUCCUAGUUUGUUGCAAAAUUGGAAUUACUUCAAACUGGGUUUUUUUGCCUUCUUUUGGAUCAACAGCAAAAAAAAAAAAUGUGAGGAAGGCUGAACUUGAUGGACACAUCUCCUUUCAGCCUAUGUAACUAUGACAUUAUGUAAUAGAAAAUUCUGGGAAUUAUCAACGCAAAACUUUUUUCAUCUUCCUCAAUAGUUCUCAGUCACUUUCUUUUCACUCUAUGAUUGGCACAGGCUUUAGUAUACAUUAUAUAAGGUAUUCAUUUCUAAGUCCUCUAGCAAUAAGAAAGAAGAAUAGAAGAUAAAGAAGAAAUAAAAUAAGAACUCUCUUGGCAAUCAUUUAUCUUAAAUAAACUGGAACAGAGCUGGUUAUUUUAACAUACCUGAUAAGUAUGUCUACACACAACCAAGCUCUGCAGAUGAACUACAUGACUCAGAUACAAAAGAUUCUAGAGUUACUAGAUUAUGGCUUGUUAUGCUUGUGCUGUAUAGCCAAGCCUUGGGGUUUAUCAAGUCCUUUUUGAUAUAUGGAUAUCAUAAGUUGUUUAAGAACGCAAAGAACUUAGCUUUAUAUUAGCUGCAGAACUUCCCCAAAGCUUAUCUUCUUGUUAUUCCCGAGCAUUACGCAAUCAAUUUCCCCUCACCUAGAGUGAGUAUGUGAGUGGAUAUGUUGAUCAUAAUGUUGCAAAGCAUGAGAUUGUGCCAAGGCAUUUGAGACAAUUCCUCACAAAAAAACUACUUCUAAAACAAAAAUCAGUUGAUUUAGAGGAGAAUUUUCGUUCUUGAAUAGUGCAGAGAAUAUUUGUAAAUGUGCAAUUUUUAAAUUGGACAAAAGUUGUAAGUAGAGUGUUUGAGGAUUCAGCCCUAGAUCCACUUCUCUUUAAUUUGUUUAUAAAUGAUCUUAAAGUGGAUAUUGAAAUUCAUUUGUCAGUGUUUGCAGAUGACACAAUACUAGGUUAAAAAAAAAAAGUCCGAACACGGUAUAACAUCUCUACAGAGGGAUUUGGAUAAAGUGACAAGUGGCAGAUGAGAUUCAAUACAGAUAAAUGUAAAGUCAUGCAUUUUAGAAUAAGUUAUUUACAAGCCACAUAUACAUUAAAUGUGGUUCAGGGAGGGAUAACAUUAUGGAUAAAAAAAAACUGUGCAACAGUGUGCAAUGUCAUUCUGCCAUUACAAAAGCAAGUAAAGUGCUUUUGUGUAUAAAAAGUUCUCUUGAUUUACAUAAUCAAUAUAUAAUUUUUUUUUUUUUUUUCUUUUUUUUUUUUUUACAAAUUAAUGGUAAGACACCACCUUGAAUAUGUGGUGCAGUUCUGGGUACCAGUCUUAAAGCAGGAUAUUGCAGAACUAGAAAAAGUGCAGAGGUGUGCUACACAAAUAAUAAUGGGGGAGGGUGGAAAACAUUAGUUAUAAAAUAAAGAUGGAAAAUUUGGAUUGUUUUCUUUAGCAAUAACAGCAGAUAUGAUAGCAAUAUACAAAUAUAUACAUGGUCAGUACAAACUGCUAUGUGCCAAACUGUUUCUUAGCAGGAAUGUAAAACAAAAGGUCAUCGAUUGAGACUGGAAUAAAGGCGUUUUCACUUACAGCAAAGGAAAGGGUUUUUACAGUAAGAACAAUAAAGAUGUAGAAUUCUGGAGGGGGCGUGGCUUGGAAGCCGAGGAAGAUGGCAGCGUGAAGUCUGAGCUCCCUGUGAGGCUCCAAGCACCCCACCGCCUAGUGCACCUAAUUGCCCUGAAAAUGGGCAAAUCACAACGGGCAUCACAAGCCCCAAAACCAACAAACACCCCGAGGGGGAGCGCAACUCCAUCCAUGAGGCGCUUCCUAGCGACGCCGGCGGACAGGGAGACACAGGCCUCAGAAGAGUCGAUGGCCUCGGGAGGGAGAGCGUCGCCUUCACUGUGUGGGGAAGAGUCCCUGGCCGAGACGCCUAUACUAUACCCCACCGACUCCCACCCGGAUUUAAUGCACAUACUGCGAAAUCUGCCCACUAAAACUGACCUGCUGGAGGCAAACAACAGCCUCCGCGCCUCCAUCACGGAAGAACUCCAAGCCAUGCGGGAAGAAUGCUGCGGCCUAAGCCAGAGGAUCUCCCAACUGGAGGCAAAUCACGACCACGUGCAAGCGGCUCAGACCGCGAACACCGGGAUCCUGAGGCGGGCCACCCAGCAGAUGCAGCAAAUGGCACAACACCUAGAGGACCUCGAUAACAGGGGGAGGAGGCAGAACAUCAGGGUCCGGGGGAUCCCAGAGGAAGCAGACGACGAUACCCCAAUCCAAGUUACCUUACAAACAGUCUUCAAUCAGCUGCUGGGCCGCGCACCACGGGAACCCCUGGAGAUGGUGAGAGCGCACCGGGCCCUCAGACCGAAAGGCCCCCCGGGAAGCCAACCAAGAGAUGCCAUAUGCUGCUUGGCAAAUUUCCAGCAGAAGGAAGAUAUCCUGAGGAAGGCCAGAGAGGAAGGUAGGGUGUACCUGGGGUCAGCAGAGAUCCAAUUGUACCCGGACCUCUCCCCCGCCACCCUGGCGUACCGUAGGUCACUGCGCCCGUUCACCAGACAGCUACAGACGAACAGAGUCAAAUACCGAUGGUGCUUCCCGACAGGGCUGCUGGUCCACACACACAAAGGCUCCUUUCUAGUGAAGACAGAAGCUGACAUGACCGCCCUCGGGAGGGAGCUGCACAUCACACCAGCUUUACUGCAGUGGCCAGAUCCUCUGGCUCUAUAUACACCGGCACCUGGACCGGAGACUGGCACGGCGGACACCCAGCUCCCGCGGACCACCCGCAAACAGGCGAUGGGCCCGAGAGGACUCUGAACAGAGGGCAGGAAAUGCGGCACCCCCAACCAAGCCCCCAAGAGCCCCAUUAAAGAACAUUUCGGGGAGCCCGUUCCAGGAAAGAGAGGACUAACAUUAGCAUAAGCACACGGAGUAAACGCAAGUAUAUUACCCCGGGGUUUACCCGGCCCAAGGGACUAACCAUACCAAAGCUCACCUACCAGGACAUUCAAAUGCUGAUGGGGGGGGGGGGAAUCAAAGCAACUUGGGAGGUUCAGAGCAACUGCGGGGGAGGGGUACUUGUGGAUGGAUGGAGGACGGUCGACACGGACCUCCGUGCUCCCCUGGAUGAACCUGUGAUGACCACACUUGGAGCAGGUGGGGGCACGGAGAUUCGUCUCGCCCAGACGUCCAAGAGGAGGAGGAGACAGAGAACACAGGCGCAGGAAGGGACCGGGUAUUAGGGGGACAAGACAACCACACACAAACACAAACACCGGGAUGACACCCCGGGUAGGGAGGCGAAGUGAGUAGGUCCUGGGAGGGAAGCCACAUAGGGCUCCAAGCACUCCAGGGGGAUGGCCGGUCGGCUGCUUCCCACUCAGCACCAGGGGGGAUGGCAGUAAGGCAACCAGGCCAUGAGGCACGGGAUAACCAACCGGGUUCGCUUGCUCAUGUAUAUAGGUUUGGGGGGGGGGAUGUUUCUCUCUUCCACUGGGAAGUUGGUUUACAGUUGAAAACACGGUUGCACCAACCAAGUUUCCACAGCAGUAAAGAUGUCACACAUGUUCUAGGCGAAGUUGCACACUCAAUGCACAUUCGCAAGCGGAGCCACACGGGGCGAGACGUCAGACGUAAGUCAUUCACACACGAAUAGACCAGACCAAGGGCCUGGGUAUUCCCUCCACCCCCAUAAGGGUUGAGCGCCAAAGUUAAGAGCGGCCUACUCGGCUGCCCAGACGCUGAUACCUUAACGCUGCACGCGCGGCGGAUACACACGGACACAUCCGUAUACACACUAACACCAGACCAAAAACCCCAAUCGCGGGACAGCUCGGGUCCGGGACCUGCAGACACCCCUCAAAAUAUGUCACUAAUACCAGCUAACCUCACUAUAGUCACCAUAAACGCAAGGGGUCUAAACAAACCUGAAAAGCGGUCGGCAGCCCUCAAAGAAUUUCACACUACAGGGGCCUCCAUUGUAUAUAUCCAAGAGACACACUUUAGGGAAGGGGCAAGGCCGAAGUUACAAAACCAUCACUAUCCCAUAGGAUACUAUAGCGAUUACCAGGGGGGGAAGGCACGGGGAACGGCGAUACUAAUUCAUAGGGGAACACCCUUCCAGGAGCAGGGACUACAGACUGACCGGGAAGGCAGAUACGUUCUUGUCAAAGGCACGAUAGCGGGACAAAUGUAUACAUUUGCCAAUAUAUAUGCUCCCAACCAACGACACUAUAGAUUCAUGUCAGGAAUCCUUCGCAAGGUACAGGAGUUCGCGGAGGGAAUCCUGGUGGUAGGAGGGGACCUUAAUUUAGCAUUGGACCCGAAAUGGGACUCAUCCACAGGCAGAUCACAUAUCCCAACACAACACUUGACCGCACUCAAAACUCUCAUAUCCAAAUACAAACUGGUAGAUAGCUGGAGAGCCCACCACCCGGAUGAGAGGGACUAUACGUACUUCUCACAUCCACACAACACAUAUACCAGAAUUGACUACUUUCUACUCACACAUCAUCACCUGCCACUAGUCACACAGGUGGAACAUGGCACUGCAACAUGGUCAGACCACGCCCCCGUAACCCUCAAGCUAAUGUCCCCACUCUACAGACCAAAAGUGGCGAAGUGGCGCUUAAACGAAUACCUCCUCUCAGUACCGGAGGUUAAAAAUGACAUCGGAGCAAUCCUCCGAGAAUACUUCGCCAUAAACACACCAGACCACACCUCCCCAACCAUCAUGUGGGAGGCACAUAAGAGCGUGAUCAAAGGUCAUUUCCUCCAAAAGAGCGCCACCAUGAAAAAACAGAGGGAAGCGGCCAUGAACAACACACUGACGAAAAUAAGGGAGCUAGACACACUUAACAAAAAUAAACAGACGCCUGAACUGCAGGGACAACUGCUCACAUUGCGCAGGGAACUCACUAAAAUACUCCAGUCAAGGUACCACCGAGACGCGCUACGACACAAGGCGUUUUUUGCCUUACACGGCAAUAAGAGCGGCAGGCUGCUGGCGCGCAUGCUGACCAAACGUAGGCAACAGACCUACAUUGACAGGAUUAGAGACAGCACAAAUACACUACACAGACUACCUCGGAAGAUACAGGAAGUCAUACGGGCGUACUAUGAAAAUCUAUACGCUCUCCCAGGGCCACAGGACCACCGGGCGGACUCACACCUAACAGACUCCAUCGCAGAAUAUCUGACCGCACACUCGAUGCCCACCCUAGACAGGGACACGGCUGAGUCCCUAGACGGGGAGAUAACACAGGAGGAACUAGCAGCAGCCGUGAAACAAACAAAACCCGGCAGAAGCCCGGGCCCAGACGGCCUGCCGCUCUGUUACUACAAGGCAUAUGCAGACAUCCUCUACACCCCACUCACACUGACAUUCAACGCUAUCAAAGAGGGACACCACUUCCCUAGGCAAUCUCAGGCAGCACACAUCACAGUACUCCCUAAGGAGGGCAGGGAUAGGGAACAAUGCGGAAGUUACCGCCCCAUCUCUCUCAUAAAUAAUGACUUAAAACUAUUAGCCAAAAUCCUGGCGACCAGACUGCAGAUACAUGUGCCCAACCUGGUGCACCCUGACCAGGUGGGAUUUGUGAUGGGGAGGGAAGCACGUGACAACACAAUACGCACCCUCACACUGAUACACGGGAAAAGGAGGGCCAGGGAAGGCCUUCUCCUGCUAUCCACGGAUGCGGAGAAGGCCUUCGACAGGGUGGGGUGGAGAUAUCUCUUCCAGACUCUGACCCACCUCGGGCUGGGCCCAGGUGUCAGGGGAUGGAUAGAGGCUCUAUACCAGCAACCUUCCGCGCAAGUGGUAGUUAAUGGAGCCCUGACGGAGCCGUUCGACAUACGGAACGGCACACGCCAGGGCUGCCCCUUGUCCCCGAUCCUCUUCGUCCUAGCUCUGGAGCCCCUGCUGGUGGCCAUCAGGAACAACACGGACAUCACGGGGCUGCAGACGGGAACGACACACCACAAAACAGCAGCAUAUGCUGAUGACUUGUUGUUCUACGUAACCAACCCAGAAAUUUCUCUCCCCAAUAUCUUGAAGGCAUUCCAGGAAUUCGGCAGACUCUCCAAUUUUAAAAUAAACCUCUCCAAAUCAUUUAUACUCAACAUUAACAUCCCAGAACGCAGAGCGGAACCCCUGCGCCAACACUACUCCUUCCAAUGGGCAACACAUAAAAUUAAAUAUCUAGGCAUCUGGCUAACAAAACGGGAAGGGGAUCUAUAUAAGGAAAACUUCACAGUAAUGCAUGAGAAGAUGCACUUGGAGAUGCAGGAGUGGGCAUAUCCACAUAUUUCCUGGCUAGGCAGGAUACAAGUAGUGAAGAUGAACUUUCUACCACGCCUUCUCUACCUGUUCCAAACUAUACCCAUAACGGUCCCCAGAGCGUUCUUCACCACAUUACGCUCAGCCCUCAUCAAAUAUGUCUGGAACGGGAAACGGCCCAGGCUGCGCCACACACUACUCACACAACCAAAAGACAGGGGGGGACUGGCACUGCCAGACUUCAACCUAUACUAUAGAGCAUGCCAUCUCAUGAGAAUCAUGGAAUGGACCAAAACGGGAACACAAAAACAGUGGAAGCAAGUGGAGGAACACGAGGCGGGCGUCCCGGUGGCAGUCCUACCGUGGCUGCCACCCGGGGCCCAGACGGGGGAAGGGUCUCAGUCCCCCUACACGAGGGCAACCUUAAGGGAAUGGCACUGCUCCAAAGGGAGACAUGGCCUAACAUCAUACCCGACACCAUUAAUUCCCCUGACACACAACUCUGAGUUCAUGCCGGGGAUGGACUCGAACGCAUUUAAAGACUUAAUACAGGACCCGCUACCCAGACUCAGACACAUACAAACCACUGACGGCAUAAAGACACUCAAGGAUCUGAGGGGGAACGAAGAACACACUUUCCUAAUACGCCUCAAAUACAAACAGAUCCGGAGUUACAUUACAUCCCUCCCGCAGGGACCGGCACUACAUAGGGCCACCACGCCCUUCGAGAAUUUAUGCUUGGAACCCAACCCACUAGCACAUGGGGUAUCGGCACUAUACACCCUAUUAAUCACACUCACACCAAUUGCCCAACCACGGUUCAUGGGGAAAUGGGAGGAGGCACUGGGCCAGACCUUUGACAAAGUGGAAUGGGAGAAAAUUUGCUAUCUAACGCAUCACUGCUCUAGCUACAGCAAGACACAGGAAACGGCAUAUAAACUACUGACACACUGGUACCACACUCCUGAGUCACUACAUGCCCGAAUUCCAUCCCACCCCCCACAGUGCUGGAGAUGUGGGGAGGGCAGGGGCACACUCUUACACAUCUGGUGGGCAUGCAAGCAGAUAGCCCCAUUCUGGUCUGAGAUCCACAAAAUAUUGGCAAGGUUUACAGACGACCAAGUCCCAUUCGACCCAGCAGUCAUGCUCUUACACCACACUAAAACCCCUCGAACAGCUUAUAAGAGGUCACUCACUAUCCGCAUACUGAACACGGCCAAAAUGAUCAUACCACAGUAUUGGAAAACACAGGUCACCCCCCCCGUGAGAGUUUGGUUUACGCAAAUGGAAGAACUGAGAUCCCUAGAGGAACUACAUCACAAAGCCCACGAUACAUUCCAAGUGUACCUUAACACUUGGACACAUUGGAUCCUGAAGACAACAGACCCCGAAUUUAGUGACAUGACACAACUACCAUCACAUAAUUAGCUGCAGGAGGCUACAAACCCAAAGAGGAGAGGGGAAGACAGCCAUACAGGGGCAGGUCUACCUCCGGCAACGGGUGUUCACCGACACUGGAAGGCCCGACAAACACACAAAAAGACAAGAGAGGCCCUGUCACAUAGACGAGGAGACCACCCCAACUAAAUAGGGCACCCCAAAGAGGGGAGGGGGGGCGGAUCAUAGGGCCCGGGCUGUCCCGCGACACUCUCACAAACAGGCACGAGCAACGGAGACAUACACACACACGCAACAUCCAUAAGGGACUUAUGAAACUGACGUAAUUGCGGGCAUACGAGCCCAACAGGACAUGCAACUGUACAAAAUAUAUAAGAAAGAGUGUAGAUGAUAUGCUUGUUAUGUUUGUCAUCUAUCACAGUUAUAUAUACAUGGUUAAACUAAUGGAGACCUGCGAGUCUCAAUGGGCUGGCAUUUGCUAUGUGAACACACCGUAAGACAACAACGGAGACCUGCGAGUCUCAAUGCUAUGCCUUUCUCUUUGUGUGCAUGAAAUAUGCCAAUAAAAAUAUAUUUACAAAAAAAAAAAAGAUGUAGAAUUCUCUAGCCAGUGAGGUUGUCUUAUCACAUUCUGUAGAUAGUUUUAUUUACACAAACUGGUUGUUUAUCCAAAGAGAAAUUUGAUUGCCUUUAUGAAGUCUUCUUUUGAUCAACAGCAUAAACAGACGUGUUUUAAAUGUUUAAUGUGAAGGAUUUGAGUCUUUUUCAUCCUAGAUCACUACGUGACUGUGAUAAAAUGGAUAUUACCAUUGUACUAAACAUAAAAUACAAAAAUUUCCAACAGUAUCAUAAUGCUGUAUUAGCCAGAGUAAUACGUUACAGUUUCAAAGUGUCAUUCACAUUAUUCAGUUCCCUUGUAAUAGUGACAUAGAAAGUUGAAUACACCUGCUGUGCUCAUCUGAAAUUGUUCUUCCGGCAGUCUGAUAGUUUGCACCUUUAUAUCUAACUUGCACAUCAUGCAGUUGCCAUGGAGCAGAGGGAUAUGUGUUACAUUGUUAUUUAAAAUUCUUAUUUAUGGAUGAUCUGCCUAAUCAAUCAAUUGUCUUGUUUACCACCUGAUAGCACAUAUAUUGUUUAUGUACAUUAAGAGUAAUAUAUAAUCACAACGGUUACCAAUCUUACACCUAGUCUCAUUCAUGUAUACUACAAAGAAUGUAAUUCAUGAACCAAGAACUAUGCAAAUUGUCUGUACUGCCUAACCGUAGUAGUUAAGCCUUGGUGCUUUUGUAAUAUUUUAUGAUGCAAAGCCUACCCCUCCCCCCAUUUUCCUUUCUGCACCCCCCCUUUCUUUUUUGUCUGAAAAAUUAUAAAAAAAAUUAAAUUGGAAAAAAAAGAGUAAUAUAUAAUUGUAAAUAAAUGUAUUCAUUGGAUAAAGUAUGGUAUAUAAAACACAUUCAUAUUAAAAUACAUUCCAAUAAUAUAAAAAAACAAAACUAUGUUGAACUUUUUAUUAAAAAUAUUAUGCACAAGGGUAUACAGCAAGUAUAUACCUCAAUGUGGAUAAUAGCAAUACAAUAAAGAAAAUGUUAAAUAUAGACUAAAGCACGUCAUUUUCCUAUACACUCUAAAAUGUGUACUUUUAGUGAUAACAUGUUCGAUCCACACUAUGAAUACUAUAGCCAUGUACGAAUAGAUAAACUAUAAUAAAGAGCCCCAGGAGAUGAAUUAAUCAAUUUUAUAGAUGUUUCACAUGAGCAGUAAAGUGUAUUUCAUUUUCUAUCUAAGUGCAUGUAUCGUAGCAUCCAAGCUUAAAACAUCAUUUCAUUUUACCUUUCAAUCAGAUACAUAUGUCUUGGUUCACUUACAAGAUAAGUACAAAAAGUACAUUGUGUCCCAUCCCCCUCUACCUUUCCUAAAACCCCUCUUCCCAAUAAUUUCCUCUUUUCUUCUUUUUCUUGUUUUUUUUUACUAUGUGUAUAAAGAACCAGUUCUUUCCUUUCUAGCCAUGACAAGCUAAGUAUAUCUUCUUAGGUGUAAAAGGUCCUGACAAUCUAUGGCCUUGAUUUAAUAAGCUUUCCAAAUGAUUCAAUACUGUUACAUAAACAUUCCAAAUGGUUUAACUACAAAAAUUCCCAUAUACACUAAUAGUGACUUAAUUAGAUAAAUUAUUUGUAAAGUUUUUCUAACAUUCUUGCAUCAUUUGAAAAGCUUAUUAUAUCGUGGCCAAUGUAAGAAGACUAGUUUCUUGAGAUGGUAUGAGAGAUGGGGCCAAAACAGACAUUCAAGUCAAGAGUCCAACUUUACAAUGUUUGUUAGUCCUCACACUAAAUCCAAUAUAGUGUCUGGUAUUUUACACAGGUAAUGGACCUUCAUGUAUAUUUCCUCUGCUCACAUCCCCUGGUUAGGUACCUGAACUUGACUUGCUACACACUGACAAAUACACAGACACACACUCACUAACUGCUAAAACACACACAGACACUGACCAAUACACAGACACACACUCACUAACUGAUAAAAUCAUACACAGACACUGAUAAAUACACAGACACACACUCACUAACUGAUAAACACACACAAUGAACCCUAUACACAGACACUGACCAAUACACAGACACACACUCACUAACUUAUAAAAACACACUGAACCAUUAACACAGACACUGAUCUAUACACAGACACACUCACUAACUGAUAAACACACACAAUGAACCAUACACACAGACACACACUCACUAGCUAAUAAAAAUACACUGGACCAUUCACACAUACACUGACAAAUACACAGACACCUACUCACUAACUGAUGAACACACACACUGAACCAUACACACAGACACUAACCAAUACACAGACACACACUCACUAACUAUUAAAAACACACUGGACCAUUCACACAGACACUGACCAAUACACAGACACACACUCACUAACUGAUAAACACACACAGAAUACCAUAUACACAGGCACUUUCCCAUAAAUACACACUAACUAACACAAACAAACUGACACACAUUCACUGACCCAUACCUAUUGACAUUCAUAUACUGGCACACAAUCACUCAUAGACACACUGACACAGGUAGGGGUUGAGUGUAAGACAGAGAUAUUUGGAGGCUGUCAUGGCCUCUAUCUUUUACUAAAUUAAUAUUGUGUGUGGAGCGCAGAGAACCAUGAGGGCUCAUUAUCAGAGACAAAUUCUGCAAUGCUCCCUCAUAGUACAAUUCAAAUAAAGAUAUGCUGUCCAGCACCUUUAAGACCAGGCGCCGGUAACAGCUGCCCCUCCCCUUCACUAUGCCUCUUAGCACCAUAGCCAGCACAGAAAGCGAUAUAAUUCAAUUCCUUUAAUUUCACUUUUUGCUCUCUUUAUGAAAUUGUAUAAGAGCCCUGCUUCUAGUUUCUUGUUUAAAGGAACACUAUAGUCACCUAAAUUUAGCUAAAUAAAGCAGUUUUAGUGUAACAUUCCCUGCAAUUUCACUGCUCAAUUCACUGUCAUUUAGGAGUUAAAUCACUUUGUUUCUGUUUAUGCAGCCCUAGCCACACCUCCCCUGGCUAUGAUUGACAGAGCCUGCAUGAAAAAAAACUGGUUUCACUUUCAAACAGAUGUAAUUUACCUUAAAUAAUUGUAUCUCAAUCUCUAAAUUUAACUUUAAUCACAUACAGGAGGCUCUUGCAAGGUCUAGCAAGCUAUUAACAUAGCAGUGGAUAAGAAAAUCUUAAUUAAACAGAACUUGCAAUAAGGAAAGCCUAAAUAGGGCUCUCUUUACAGGAAGUGCUUAUGGAAGGCUGUACAAGUCACAUGCAGGGAGGUGUGACUAGGGUUCAUAAACAAAGGGAUUUAACUCCUAAAUGGCAGAGGAUUGAGCAGUGAGGCUGCAGGGGCAUGUUUUAUACACCAAAACUGCUUAAUUAAGCUAAAGUUGUUUAGGUGACUAAAGUGUCCCUUCUUAAAGUAGCUUAAGGUUGAUUUCAAGGUGUAUUUUGGAUUAUUUUCUUCAGCAAUUUUUUCACUGACUGUGGGACAUCAAAGUGGGCGAUAUAUUUAGCCACAUUUAAAUAAUAAAUAAAAUAAAUAAAUAAAAUAAUUAUUUGGUCAGCAGUUCCAAAACAUUUUCAUUUCACUGUAUUAAAAAUAGUCAAAAAAGCAUAAAUUAUCCUAUUAGAUAAUUUCACUUGUUAACUUUCAUUCGCAAAAGAUGACAUUGUAAACUGAAAUCUUUAGACUAAAAUAGCCAAACUGUGAUUAUAGCUGAAUUGGCAACUUUUUCAAAAUUAGCAAUUUUCUGUUCUGUUUUCAGUUUACUAAAAUUUGAAUUAAACCAAAGUCUCUGCAUCACUUAAGUUAUAUUUAAACAGCAGAUUUGGAUUUAUAAAAGUGGAAAAAUAAGCAUUGUCUAAUAUUGUUUUAAAAUCUCUAGCUUUUAAAGAGACACUCUAAGCACAAAAAACACUUCAUCUUAAUGAAGUGGUUUUGGUGUAAUGACCCUGCACCUUCUCUCUGGCAGUGAGAAAAAGCAAAGUUUACAUUUUGCCUAAACCACAUUAUACUCUUCUCAUGAGCCUUGACUCUGUGCAGUUCCUGUCUGCGGCUCUGAUAGGCAGAACUAACAGGAGGAAAACGCUCAGGCUUAACCCUGCGAAACUGAAGGAAAGAGUCUGCAUAUCCCAUUCAUGUCAGAGAAGGCUGCCCUGGUCCAGUCAGGGAGAUCUUUGAUCUCACCACUGGGCCUGCUCGCAGCUGUACAUACAGUUGUAAUCAAAGGUAUUUAACUCCCAUUUAAAAUCAGGUUUAUUGUCACAUUUAUAGACUUUUAGCUGUUUGCAAUGAACAAAUCACACAAAAGCUAUUGAAAUACCUCAGGACAACGACUGCUUCAAUUGGCUUCCCCAAGUUCAACUGAAAAUGCGGAGGAACUACACACUUGGAAUUCCUACUACAUCUCCUGGCUGGGCAGGGUGAAUGCGGUCAAGAUGACACUGCUGCCCACACUCCUAUUCAUCUUUUAAACGGUGCCGAUUCUAGCCCUGAAAUCAUUCUUCGUCACCCUAAAGGCAGAAGUUCGCAAAUUUAUUUGGAAGGGCAGAUCACCCUGAGUAGCAUACUCCUAACUAACACUACCCAAACUCUGGGGCGGACUAGCGCUUCCUGAUUUUGAGAAAUACUACCAAGCGACCCACCUCACCAGGAUCAUCAGGUGGUCAGUAACAGGGGGCACCAAACCAUGGACCCAGCUAGAAUCGGACACCGCCACCUGCCGUGGAUUAUCAAAGAAGCAUGAAAACGCAUACAAAUACCCAACCCGUUCCCAGAUAUACUCCGACCUAAUAACGAGCAGAUACCUUCUGGCACCCUCCUGCAUCAGGCAAUGGGAGCAGGACCUUGGGGAGACAAUGACAGAGGCGCAUUCGAACAAGAUCAUAACCCAUGUGCAGAAAACACUAGGAUCGGCGAGGCUACAAGAAAACUCAUACAAAAUCUUCACAUGGUGAUACCUGACUCCGUCGACCCUCCAUGCAAGAGACCCUAUGAUCCCUGAUACCUGCUGGCGAUGUGAGGAGGCUGCAGGCACCUUCACACACAUAUGGUGGAGCUGCACCCUCAUCAGGCCCUUCUGGGAGGCAAUCCGAAAAAUGAUACAGGAAAUGACGGAUGAAUCCCUACCACAAUCACGGGUCAUCUUCCCCCACACCACAACACUAUGCCAACACCGGCAUACACACAGUCCAUCAUCCCGAGACUUCUCAACACUGUUAAGGCGACCAUACCCAUCUUCUGGAGACAGACCCAUAGGCCCAUGCUGAGACGAUGGGGAGGACACAAGGCAAUUCGAAGACAUGAAUUGUGACCACCCCGAAACUCAGAGACAGCUACACAAAACGCUGGUUUCACUGGCUACGCCUUAUUUCCUCAGAUGACUUCAUGCAAUACAUUACCGACCGUGAGCAGUUGCAGAGGAGAGGGAAACACUGGGCUCGGGCGAAUUCAGAGUGAACCACGCGGCACGGCGGGCUGGGGAGGUGACAGCGGAUGCUGCCACCCCCAACCCCCACCCACCCCUCACUCUUCCCAUCCCCACACAGAUCCCCCCCUCCAGGAUACGGACAUACUCCACGCAGAUUGGCGACACCUGUGUCCGGCUGCGGCUCGGGAGCUCCUAAAUAGACUACGACACCACUGCCCAGGGACCCUGGCACCAUACAAUAUGGCCCCACACCACCUAAAGAUAGCCAGCACACCACCACCGCCCCAUGACACACUAUGGGAACUCAGGGCGCCAUCAGCAACACACACGAUCCUUUUCAGAUUAACUAUCCAACACACUUCCCGAAAUUUCCACAACAGCAACUAAUUAAGGUUGACUAUGGCGGAAAUUCUCGGAUACACUACCGAACUAUUUGUUUCACUCCACAAUGAUAACCAGAGAACGGAAAGGGCAAAACUUUACAGUUCAAUAAGAGUUUUUCGAAGUUAGUCGCAAAGGACCACUGUUUAUGUUUCCUGCAUUAUUUGACGUACAUACAUUUUAUCCCCGGCGUGGGAAUCUUGUUUGAUGUUAAGGCAAUGAAGAUAGAUUUAACACAAUCACUUAAAAUCUGAACGCCCACUACCACCAUAGCGCUAAACACACCAAGGCCCCAGGGACCAAACAUAAGGUACCAAAGACUCUGAAAAACCUGAGAAAUACGGAAUAUACAGCACCUCCCUUAAUACUCUCAUACCCGCACUUAUCUAAAGACAACAUGACAACACCGUUCAUUACAGGAGCAAGUGAUAUGCGACAUUACGACAGACACAAGGGGAAUGGUAAAGACGCAAGUGUUGAAAAUGAAGUAUUACUACAAAUGUUUUCCGUAUAACCUGCACUGUAUAUGCUCUUUCCACCUCGUGGGAACACUGUUACUCUGAUAAAUGUUACUUACGACCUCUGCGCAGGUCACAUUAUGAGACGCUUAUGUAUAUUGCAUCACUCUGAUUUUACGUUCACUAACAGCACAAUAAAGAAUAAUUUAAUACAAGAUCAACUGAAAAUGCAACUUUUAAUGACUUCUCCAGUCUCAAAAUUAUUCAACCCCUUCAUGGCAAGUAUCUAUAGUAGCACCAUUUUGCUGUUAUGACCUGCUGUAAACGACAUGCAUAGCCAGACACCAGCUUCUGCCAGUGUUCCUGAGGAAUCUUAGCACAUUGUACAUGAGCAAUGGCCUCCAGUUCAGUAAUAUUGUUGGGUUUGCGCGUUGCAACCACCUUCUUCAAAUCCCACCAGAGAUCUUCGAUGGGGUUCGCGUCAGGUGACUGAUGGUCACUGUAGAAUUUUCUAGGACUUCUUCUUCAACUAAGCCUUGAAUUUUCAAUGGUGGUUGAAUCAUAUUUUUAUUACAACUCUAUAUAGUAGUGCUCAAUAUUUAUAUAUUUAAAUAAAAACAAAUCCAAAUGCCUGCACCCCAGUACAAGUAAACAGUGUGCCCGGUGGUUGUCCGCAGGAAUAUAUAAAAAUAGGAUAAUGAUAGCACUCCAAGGACUAGUAUGUAGUAAAAAUAAAACUUAACUUUUAUUCAGGUUGAAGGCUGGUAAAAAAUGUCGACGUUUCAGUUCAAGAAGAACGUCCUGAAGAAAGUUCAGAGUCUUGAACUGAAACGUCGACAUUUUAUACCAGCCUUCAACCUGAAUAAAAGCUAAGUUUUAUUUUUACUGCAUGUUAGUCCUUGGAGUGCUAUCAUUAUCGUAUUUUUGUGUGUAUAUAUAUAUAUAUACACACACACAACACACACCAUAUAGGACUCAGGCAGUAUGUCAAAGAUUGGCGUUAGAACUGCUCCCUAUAUUCAUAAAAAUAGGUUACAUUUAAAACACUGUUGUGGUUUUUCGCUAAAUGCAAUAUUGUAGUGAAUUCAGCUCAAAAUACCCAGCCUGAGUCUAAAGCUGGGUUAGAGAAUAUUUCAAGAUCAGUUAUUGCAGGCUACAUUUUGCCAUUUGUAUUUUAAUUUGUAACAAUACAGAGCUUUGUAAAUAUACCUGUCGGCUUUAUUUACUAAAUAAAGGAAAUCAAAUAAAAGAAUGUGACUGAGAAAUUUCACCAUCUCAGCUAUAUUCAGCUUAGCUAUUUUGGACAUAGGAAUAAUAGAAAGAUGGAAGGGGACUGCCAAUUUAGUCCAAAAAGAAGUGAUCUAGACAAUGUUUUUAGUUUGCCAGUUUUCUACUCAGUUUAGGAUUCAUGGAGGAUUCAUUAAAAGUUAUGACUCAUAACUGCUAUGUAAGUUUGGUCACUGAGACAGAGCUAUUAUGUUGUAUCUCAUGCUAAGGGGUCUUGUGAUACUUUGAUCACAGCAAUAAAGAUUUUCUUUCAUGUGUGAGAAACCGAUUUAGCAUUCGGACAAUGGUGGGAAGAUUAAAUAGAAGUUAACCGCAGACCAAUGGGCGUGGGAUAGGGGGAAAGUGAGAGUAACUGACGGAUCUUAAUUCAACUAAAUCAAGACACAAAUCAUUUUUAGGAUUUUGGCAUUUUUCUUUUUGCUGAAGUUCUCUAAAAAUGCUUUCAGUUUUCUCUCUUUUUACUUCUGAGAAAAAUGGGUGUGAGUGAAAAAGAGAAUGAGACUGAUGGUCUCAUUAAAGUGUGGAUUAUUGGGAAAAAAAUUAAGUUAACUUUUUAGGCCAACUGAAAACGUAGCCGGCUCGGAGGAUUACUCUUGUUUUGGAUAUGUUAGUCUGUAAUUUGAAAAUAAUUUUUUAGAGCAGUUCGCACUUUAGUGAACAGCCUGGUAGAGUAGAAUGCAUUUACUACACAAGGAAGUGUGGAGAAUUGGCAACAUAAUGGCAUUUUUUAGUCAAUUCAAAUCAAUUCAGUUCUACAAAUUCUAGGUCACUGAAUAGCCCAAAGUGACUUACAGCUUUAGUUUUAAUCUCUACAUUUUGGCAGUGCCUUAAAUAGCCAAAAACUGAUGGAACUAAACCAUGUGAAAUUAUAAUUGCAUAUAUUUGGCAAUUAGGCAAUAUUAUAUUUUUCCAGUUAAAUGGAUAUUAUAAACAACGAAACAACUUUAGUUUAAUUAAGCAGUUUUGGUGUAUAGAUCAUGCCCCUGCAGUCUCACUGCUCAAUUCUCUGCCAUUUAGGAGUUAAAUGACUUUUGUUUCUGUUCAUGCAGCCCCAGCUACAUCUCCCCUGACCAGUGGCGUCACUAGGGGGGCCAGAGGGGGCCAUGCCCCAUUGUCCCCCCCAAAUGCCAGCAACUUGCUGGCCAUGUGUUUAAAUUCUAUUCCCUCGGACUGUAACAGUCUGUUACAGCCAGAGGGAAUGCCGUGCUGGGUGUCUGUGGAGAGAUGCUGGGGCACUGACAAGCUUCCCGGCACAGGCCCCGCCCCAAAUUAAGCCCAGCCCCUGCCGUUAAGCAGCAGACCUUGCUGCUGCUGGAAAGGCCAGAAGAUGGCUGUCUGAAUGCCCAGCAACAGCCUCCAGUGGCAGGUAGGCUUGGUGUGUGUGUGAGUGUGUGUGUGGGUGUGUGUCUGUCUGUCUGCCUGCUAGUGAGGAAACUUGUGUGUCUAUGGUCUCAGCUGUCUGUGUGUCUGUGUGUGUGUUUGUGUAUAUGGACUGUGUAUAUAAAUACAGUGUCAACUAUGGCACUGUAUCAAGGGAAAUGUGUUUCUUUUUUAAUAAUCCCUGGUGGAAAAUAAUGAAUCCUCCACGAGGGAUUAUUUAAAAAAAAACAAAAAAAAACACAGACAUUGUGUCGGGGGUGGGGCUUAACAUGUGGCGGGGUCAAACUGCAGCGAGGGCGGGGUUAAAUGUGCCCCCCUACUUUUGUCCCUGGCCCAUCAUGUGCCCCCCCUAAAAAUGAAUCCUAGAGACGCCACUGCCCCUGACUGUGACUCACAUUGACUGUAUUAUUGUUUUGAUGCCUGUAGUUUCCCUUUAUAAAGCUUGCAAUGUUAUUUCCAAUAAUCAACCCAAUAUGUGCUCCAGCUUUGAUUGUGUCCUGUAAUCGAGAGAUUGUGUGUAGACAGUGGCUGGCUAUUUCUGCAUUUCUAUAAAACCGAUUUCCAUACCGUAACGUGUCAUUUGAUAUUAAGAUGUUACAUUUGGUAAACAUUUUCUGUACUAUUUCCAGAUGAGUUUCACCAUCAGGUAGCUCGUACAGCAAAAAGCAGAAAUGAAAAUGUUGCAGAUGAAUCUCAUAGAUUUGAGAUAAUUUAACUGUACUUAAAUCUUAAUUGUAACAGGGGCCUCACAAUUAAAUGUUGUUUACUAUUCUCUUCCAAAGUAUUUUCAGCUCAUGGGGUACAGCUUUGUCUUUAUUCUGUUCUCCAUUGGUUCUUGAGAUGUGCUUGUUUCCUAGCAACACACUUUUUUGCUGAGAUAGUUUUACUUUACCCCACGAUCUAAUUUGCAUGUGAUUGUCCAGAAUUCUUUGUUCCUAUAUUCUCUCUCACACAUGGCUGUACAUAAGCAUUAGAAGGGGGGGGGGGGCGAGGGGGGGAAUCAAAAGCUUUUAUGUGAUGUUCAGAGUUGAACAAAGAACAACUUACAAUGUAAUUCUAAACCAGCAGCAAUGAGGAGAUUUUGAACCAGAAAAGUGAAUACAUAUGAUCCUUCUAAGCCACCAUAUGUUGUGUAUAUUUUCUGUAAAUUUUUGUUAAUUUGCUAUUCAAUAGGGUACGAGACAGUUACAUUUUAUACGAUGAAUUAGAAUAAUCACAUCUUUGCUGUCAGUUUUCACAAAAGCUGAUUAUACAUUAAAUGACCACUAUAGGCACCCAGACCACUUCAGCUUAAUGUAGUGGUCUGGGUGCCAGGUCCAUCUAGGGUUAACCCAUUUUUUCAUAAACAUAGCAGUUUCAGAGAAACUGCUAUGUUUAUCAAUGUGUUAAGCCUUCCCCUAUUUCUUCUAGCGGCUGUCUCAUUGACAGCGCUAGAGGCGCUUGCGUGCUUCUCACUGUGAUUUUCACAGUGAGAGCACGCGAGCGUCCAUAGGAAAGCAUUAUGAAAGCUUUCCUAUGUGACCGGCUGAAUGCGCGCGCAGCUCUUGCCGCGCGUGCGCAUUCAGCCGACGGGGAGGAACGGAGGAGGAGAGGAGGCAGAGCGCUCCCCGCCCAGUGCUGGAAAAAGGUAAGUUUUUACCCCUUUCCCCUUUCCAGAGCCGGGCGGGAGGGGGACCCUGAGGGUGGGGGCACCCUCAGGGCACUAUAGUGCCAGGAAAACGAGUAUGUUUUCCUGGCACUAUAGUGGUCCUUUAACAUACUAUGGACACAUAAACCCAACAGAUACAUUUUUGAAUGUCACAUCUAAUUUAGACUAGAAUUUAAAGGUAAAGGGUUACUCCAGGCACCAUAACCACUUCACUGAUUUGAACAUUUAAAGGGUUACUCCAGUCUGUUAUAGUAGUCAUGAUGACAGGAGUACCCUGCAACUAUUCCCCAGGAAGGGGGCAAAUUAAUGUUUCCACCGGGUGCCGCGCCUCCUGUCAUAACAAAGUGAACCAGCAUCCAGCUUCUGCAGAGAUGCAGAAGUCAGUUAUUGAUAAUGGCGUUCAUUGGCUGAGAGUGCCAGCUAUAAACAUAUGCACAGAAUUAACAUUAGAUCAUUCCGGGCUAGCAGCAGUCGGAGGUAGAGUUUCAGGCUCCCGCUCUCCGACCUCCUUCCCUUGCACUUCCAGGGCACGUCUCCUUCUCUUCAUGGAGGAGUCGCUCCAAUGUGCGCCCUCCUGUUCUCCAUGGCCCACAAAUUAACAUUCAUGGACUGGCAGCAUGUCUCCUGGUCUCAAGCAGAACAGCAUCCCGUUCUUUCGUUCUAACUGUAUUUUAAAAUUAAUAUAUAUAUUGAUAUCAACAUACAUGUAGAACGAAACAAUAUAUAUAUCUAUAUACAUAAGUAUAUACAUAUAUAUCACUAUAUAUAUACCUUUAUAUAAAUAAAAAAAUUUUUACAAAAUAUAUACAUAUAUAUAUAUAUAUAUAUAUAUAUACACACAUAUAUAUACACACGUAUAUAUAUAAUAAUUCUACGUAUAUAUUUAUGUAAUAAUUUUACAUAAUUAGGUCAUUUUGUUAAUUACAAUUUGCAGGACCUGCCUGACAACCCAGGCUGAAGGUUUAGGGAAUUUAAUUUGCUAGCACUAUAUUUAACCCUGUAACUUUCCAAGACACAAUAAAACCUGUACAUGGGGUGUACUGUUUUACUCGGAAGACUUCACUGAAUACAAAUAUUAGUGUUUUGAAACAGUAAAAUGUAUUACAACUACAAUAUCGUCAGUGACAGUGAAAUUUUUUGCGUUUUUCACACACAAAUGGCACUUACACUGACGAUAUAAUUGUUGUGAUACAUUUACUGUUGAAACACUAAUAUUUGUGUUCAGCGAAGUCUCCCGAGUAUAACAGUAACCCUCAUGUACAGGUUUUAUGGUGUUUUCAAAAGUUACAGAGUCAAAUAUAAUGCAUGCGUUUCAGUUUUUUUACAUUAAAAUUCGCCAGGUUGGUUAUGUUGCUUUUGAGACCGUACGGUAGCCCAGGAAUGAAAAUUACCCCCAUGAUGGCAUACCAUUUGCAAUAGUAGACAACCCAGGGUAUUGCAAAUGGGGUAUGUUCAGUCUUUUUAAGUAGCCACUUAGUCACAAACACUGGCCAAAAUUGGUGUUCAAAUUAGUUUUUUGCAUUUUCAAAUAUUAUCACUAACUUUGGCCAGUGUUUGUGACCAAGUGGCUACUAAAAAAGACUGGACAUACCCCAUUUGCAAUACCUUGGGUUGUCUACUUUUGCAAAUGGUAUGCCAUCAUGGGGGUAAUUUUUAUUCCUGGGCUACCAUAUGGUCUCAAAGGCAACAUAACCAAUCUGGCGAAUUUCAAUGUGAAAAAAAUGAAAAAUUUAACAUGCUAUAUUUAACCCUAGGCAUGUGCAUGGGGAAAGUUUUCGGUUCGGUUCGGUAUUCCAAAAUUCAGGAUUUUUGCAAUUCGGGACUUCGGCAAUCGGGUACUUCAACACUUCGGCAACUUCGGAACUUCUGCACUUCGGCACGUCGACACUUCGGAAAUUCGGCAACUUCGGAACUUAGGGACUUCGGCACUUUGCAGCCACUUAGUAGAUAACUCCCUAAUUCCCACGGUAUUAAUGAGUUAUCUAACAAAAGGCUGAAAGACCUAAAUUGGUCUUUCAGCCAAAUUUACUAGUACUAAGUAAAAAUUACUUAGUAUUAGUAAAUUUUGCCCCUACUCGCUAUACCGCAAGUAGGGGCAUGUCUAGUAAACAGUGAGCAGCCUGUGGCCUGUGGCUGCUCACUGUUUUAAAAAAAAAAAAAAAAAAUAGCGGUGGGUGGGGGCCCUAAAGUAAAAUGAUGGGGGGGACCUAUUGUCCUCUCCCCGGCCCCCACCCCUCAGUGGCGGGUGGGGGCCCUAAAUUGGAAUAAGGGGGGGACCUAAUGUCCUCCCCCCUGGCCCUCACCCCUGAGCGGUGGGUGGGGGCCCUAAAUACUAAUAAGGGGGGACCUAAUGUCCUCCCCCCUGGCCCCCACCCCUGAGCGGUGGGUCAGGGCCCUAAAUACUAAUAAGGAGGGGACCUAAUGUCCUCCCUUCUGACCCCCACCCCUGAGCGGUGGGUGGGGGCCCUAAAAACUAAUAAGAGGGGACCUAAGGUCCUCUCCCCUGGCCCCCACCCCUGAGUGGUGGGUGGGGGCCCUAAAUACUAAUAAGGUGGGGGACUUAAUGUCCUCCCCCCUGGCCUCCAACCCCGAGCGGCAGGUGGGGGCCCUAAAAAAAAUGUCCUCCUCCCCUCCUCCCCUAGUCACCCCCUCCCCCGUCAAAAAAAUUAUCCCCCUACCUACCCCCCUCACCCUAAAAAUAAUGAGGGGGGGGGACCUUUAACUAAGUACCUGUAAAAAGAAAUAAAACUUACCAUUCGAUGUUUUCUUUCUUCUAAAAUCUUCUUUUUUCAGCCCCAAAAAAGGCCAAAUAAAAAACCAUAAUAACCGAUGCAAUUAAAAAAAAAACUUACUUAAUCCACCAAUCAGAGAGUUAUGAGUCAAAUUACACAGCAUGGGAAAAUUCCAAAGAACUUUCCCACGCUGUGUAAAAUGACACAGAGCACUCUGAUUGGUGGAUUUCAAGCCAACCAAUCAGAGUGCUGUGACAGGUAAAUGUAGAGACUUACCUGUCAGUCCCUUCAUUUACCUGUCAGAGCACUCUGAUUGGAUGGCUUCAACCCACCAAUCAGAGUGCUCUGAGCCUAACUGCAGGGCGGGGAAAGGCUUUUUUUUUUUUUUUUUACAGGUAAUUAGUUAAAGGUCCCCCUCUCAUUAUUUUUAGGGUGUUGGGGGCAGGUAGGGGGUUAAUUUUUUUUUUGGGGGGGGUGACUAGGGUUUGGGGACCCCUAGUUACCUGGGAGGGGGGGUUAACAUUUUUUUUAGGGCCCCAACCCGCCACUCAGGGAUGGGGGCCGGGAGGGAGGACAAUAGGUCCCCCCCUAUUGGUACUUAGGGACCCCACCCGCCACUCUGGGGUGGGGGGUGGAAGGGAGGGAGGACAUUAGGUCCCCCUCCUUAUUAGUAUUUAGGGCCCCCACCCACCGCUCAAAGGUGGGGGCCAGUGGGGUGGACAUUAGACAAUUAGAAUAUCGUGCAAAAGUUUAUUUAUUUCAGUAAUGCAACGUAAAAGGGGAAACUAAUAUAUGAGAUAGACGCAUUACAUGCAAAGCAAGAUAGUUCAAGCUGUGAUUUGUCAUAAGUGCGAUGAUUAUGGCUUACAGCUCAUGAAAACCCCAAAUCCACAAUCUCAGUAAAUUAGAAUAUUACAUGCAAUCAAUAAAACAAGGAGUGUACAUAGAACAAAAUCGGAUCACUGAAAAGUAUAAGCAUGCAUAUGGACUCAGUACUUGGUUUGGGCCCCUUUUGCAGCAAUUACUGCCUCAAUGCGGCGUGGCAUGGAAUCAGCCUGUGGCACUGCUGACGUGUUAUGGAAGACCAGGAUGCUUCAAUAGUGGCCUUCAGCUCUUCUGCAUUGUUCGAUCUCAUGUCUCUCAUCUUUCUCUUGGCAAUGCUCCAUAGAUUCUCUAUGGGGUUCAGGUCAGGUUAGUUUGCUGGCCAAUUAACCCCUUAAGGACACAUGACAUUUGUGACAUGUCAUGAUUCCCUUUUAUUCCAGAAGUUUGGUCCUUAAGGGGUUAAGCACAGUAAUCCCACGGUAAUUGAACCAGGUUUUGGUGCUUUUGGCAUUGUGGGCAGGUGCCAAGUCCUCCUGGAAAAUGAAGUCAGCAUCCCCAUAAAGCUUGUCUGCGGAAGGAAGCAUGAAGUGCUCCAAAAUCUCCUGGAAGACGGCUGCAUUGACCCUGGACUUAAUGAAGCACAGUGGACCAACACCAGCAGAUGACAUGGCUCCCCCAAUCAACAAAGACUGUGGAAACUACACACUGGACUUAAAGUAUCUUGCUGUGUGUGCCUCUCCAUUCUUUCUCCAGACUCUCAUCAGAAAAGAAGACUUUGGACUACUGAGCAACAGACCAGGUCUGUUUUUCUUUAGCCCAGGUAAGACGCUUCUGACGUUGUUUGUUGUUUAGGAGCGGCUUGACAAGAGGAAUAUGACAUCUGAAGCCCAUGUCCAGGAUCCAUCUGUGUGUGGUGGCUCUUGAUGCACUGACUCCAGCCUCAGUCCACUCCUUGUGAAAGUCCCCAACACUUUUGAUUGGCCUUUUCCUGACAAUCCUCUCCAGGCUGCGGUCAUCUUUGCUGCUUGUGCACCUUUUUCUUCCACACUUUUCCCUUCCACAUAACUUUCUAUUAAUGUGCUUUGAUACAGAACUUAUGGAACAUCCAACUUCCUUCGCAAUUACCUUUUGAGACUUUUCCUCCUUAUGGAGGGUGUCAAUGAUGGUUUUCUGCACAACUGUCUGGUCAGCAGUCUUCCCCAUGAUUGUGAUUCCUACUGAGCCAGACUGAGAGACCAUUUAAGGGUUCAGAAACCCUCUGCAUGUGUUAUGGCUUACUUAGCUGAUUAGAGUGGGACACUGUGAGCCUAGAAUAUUGCACCUUUUCAGAAUAUUUUAAUUUACUGAGAUUGUGGAUUUGGGGUUUUCAUGAGCUGUAAGCCAUAAUCAUCGCACUUAUGACAAAUCACAGCUUGAACUAUCUUGCUUUGCAUGUAAUGCGUCUAUCUCAUAUAUAAGUUUCCCCUUUUACGUUGCAUUACUGAAAUAAAUGAACUUUUGCACGAUAUUCUAAUUUUUCGAGUAUCACCUGUACAAGUUAAGAUCCUUUAACUUUUCUUUUUUUUAUCCAGCAAAUCAAUGAACAAUUGAAGAUUAUGCUAGCGUUAGUGUACUUAUAAUCUUAAUUUUAGUAAUGACAGGAGGCGAGUAUUUUGCAUUAACUCUCUUUACUAACUCCACACAGCAGUAAAGAAAAGUGAGAAAACAUUAACCAAUCAAAAAUGCAGUAGGAGGUACAAUAUUCACAGUGAUGAGGCUCCUCCCCCUCUUUCAAAAGCGACAUCAGAAAACAAAUUUCCCUCGAUAAAUCCAAAGUCUUGUAACAUGCACCAACGGGUGAACUUUCCAACUGAGCCGGUCUAGAGGCCGGAAGAUGGUCCAAACGUGUCCAUCCUGAGUGUGAGCUGCAAUAUCCUGAAGUUAUGCUGAAAAAGAACGUGGAAAAGGUUAGGUACCGAUCUUGCAACUGUUUGCAGUAAUGAAAUAGACCAGCUACAAAUUCCACUGACAAUGAGACAUUCAUAGCAGAAUGACAGUAACAGAUAACAGGGACAUAAAUAGACCUGGUACAAACAUGAUAUCCUGCAGAGUGAGUAGGAAGAUAGUAGAGGGGUGAAAGCCCACAGUGUAGGUAUACUCACGUGAGAACGUAUCCCUCGCGGGUGUGGUGGGUGGGAAAAUACUCGCCUCCUGUCAUUACUAAAAUUAAGAUUAUAAGUACACUAAUGCUAGCAUAAUCUUCAAUUUUACAACAUGACAGGAGGCUUCAUAUUUUGCAUUUUUAACGCUGAUGAAGGAGAGACGCGGCUGCCCCCGUGUUCGGGCGGAAAUAGAAGGUCCAAAAGGUCGCUUCGCGUGACCAAUCCGCGGCUCGUAGGAUGUCUGCCAGCGAUGCGCCCGCGGUGAAAGCCGACGAGGCCGCCGCACCGCGAACGGAGUGGGCGCCGAAGGUCUCCUCCACUCCUGCCAGAGACAGGAUCCAUCGCACCCAUCUGGCGAGGGUGGUAGUGGAGACGGGUACGUGAGGUCUAACGUAAGACACCAAUAGUUGGCCCGAAGAUGAGACCCGAAGUGGGGAUGUGAUUUGUACGUAUCGACGCAGAGUGGAGACCACGCAGAGCAGCGGUUCCGUAGGGAAAAAGGGGUAAAAAAAAAAAAAAAACGACGAGGAGUCCGAUUUGGUACGACGUGACACUUGGAAGGUAACUCCCUCGGGGGAGACCGAAAAGGCGUCAAUGUCGAAAGCCCGCACGUCCGAAACUCUGCGGAACGAGACCAAACACAGAAGAAGUGUUAGUUUGGCCGACAGUUGUCGGAGUGAAAGUCUGUCGUUAUCUGGCCAGUCCCUAAGGAACUGGAGAACGACCUCCACAUCCCAUAACCGGGUGUAUUUGGGUUUGGGAGGCCUCUGGAGUCUUAUGCCCCUGAGAAGACGGCAUACCAGAGGAUCUUUCCCGACGGGCAUCCCCCGGGUCGGAACUUGAGCCGCCGAAAUCGCGGAGCGCACAACGUUGAGGGAUCGGUAAGACCGUCCCAUGGAGUACAGAUGGGAGAGAAAGUUCAGGAUGGCUGUUACAGGUGCCGUAAAGGGAUCAAAGUUCCGUUCACUGCACCAAGCGGCCCAGGAAUUCCAUGCUGCAAGGUAGCAUCGUCUGGUUCCUGGUGCCCAUGAAUCCCAUAAGAGGUCUCGAGCCGUCUGCGAUAGGUCCUCGGUUUGCCAGGCGCCCCUGAAAGAGUCCAAGCUACUAGAGUGAGGCGGUCUUCCAGAAUGAGAGGAUGGAGGUUCCCUCUCGGGUCUGUGAGGAGUGUCUGGUAGGACGGUAUGAGGAGAGGGUCCCUGUAGGAUGAUACUAGGAGGUCUGGGAACCAUGGUUGGCCCUGCCAUAGGGGGGUGAUGAGGAGCAGAGACCCGCGUUGCGUCUUCAGGUAUUGUAUCGUCCUUGCCACCAUGGCGAAUGGGGGAAAGGCAUAAGCGCCCUUGAGCGGCCAUGGUUGGAGAAAAGCAUCUACUGCCUUGCUCUCCGGAUCUGGUAGCCAGCUGAAAUACUCGUCCGUCUGCCUGUUGUUGCGCGAUGCGAAGAGGUCUAGGUGGAGGGGGCCCCUCCUGGCCGAGAGGCGCUGAAAAAUCAUUGGGUCCAGUCUCCAGUCGCUGCUGUCCCGCCAAUGGCGAGAAAACCAGUCCGCUGUCAGGUUCGUCUCGCCCGGGAGAUAUUCUGCCAUGAGGGAGAUUUUCCGGGGUAGGCAAAACUGGAAUAUUUCCUUCGUGAUCUCCGAAAGGAGUCUGGAACGGGCCCCUCCCAGUCUGUUGAUGUAACGGACCGCUGAGACGUUGUCCAUCCGGAGGAGGAUGCAGGUCUUUCGCUAAGCUGCGGAUUGCAAACGACCCCGCUAGGAGUUCCAGGCAGUUGAUGUGGAGGUUGAGUUCCUGGGAAGUCCAAGUGCCUCCUGUUGAAUUGCCUUGGCAGGUGGCGCCCCAUCCCCAGAGGCUGGCGUCUGAUUCCAGGACUAUAUCGGGCGUGUUUCCGAAGAUGGCUCGGCCAUUCCACGCUUCCAUGCUGUCCAACCACCAUCCGAGUUCGUCCUUGACUUCCUCCGUCACCGGAACAGUUUGGUCGUACGAAGGGUUCUGGCGGAGAAAGGAAGCCUUCAAGCGUUGCAUCGCUCUGUAGUGGAGCGGGCCCGGGAAUAUCGCUUGGAUAGAUGCGGAUAGUAAGCCCACGAUCCGAGCCAAGUUGCGGAGUGGAAUGGUGUGGCAGCGAAUGGUUCUGUGUAGCUCCUUCUUGAUGGCUGCGAUCUUUGAGGUCGGGAGCCGUAGUGUGCCGGUCUUGGAGUCUAUUUCGAAACCCAGAAAUUGUAUAGUCUGGGUUGGGGAUACUUCUGACUUUUGGAAGUUCACCACGAAACCUAGGGAUGUGAGGAGUCGGGUGGUAUAUCGUGUGUGUUGCGUUAGACUGUACCUGUCUGAGGAGAACAGUAGCAGGUCGUCCAGGUAGAUAAUGCACUGAAUUCCUUGACUUCGUAGUCGAGACACUACUGGUUUCAGUAGUUUGGUGAAACACCACGGUGCUGAGCUGAGGCCGAAGGGGAGGCACGUGAAUUGCCAGGGGCGACCUUGCCAUCGGAACCUGAGGAAUUGUCGGCAGGAAGCAUGGACGGGUACCGAGAGGUAGGCGUCCUUGAGGUCCAGUCUUGUGAACCAGUCCCAGUCCUGGAGCAGAUCUCGUAGAAGGUGGAUGCCUUCCAUCUUGAAAUGUCUGUACAGUACGAAGGCAUUGAGCCCCCUCAGGUUUAUAACCGGCCGGAAAUCUCCGGAUUUUUUCUUCACUAGGAAAAUGUUGCUGAAGAAACCGUUUUGGUCGUGAGCGGGUUCUAUCGCUCCUUUUUCCUUGAGUUCCCGUAGUUCGCCAUCGAUUAAGUGGCGAUCUUUCUUGGAACAGUGAAUGGGGUGCGGAGGGGCGGUCUGGAACGGGGUUUCCACAAAAUCUAUGACGUAGCCCCGAACCGUCUGGAGGAUCCAUGCGUCCGUGGAGAUGGCUGUCCAGUUCUGAAACGACAGAGCAAUAUGACCUGCAGUACAUGGGGUAAGUGGACAUUGAGACACUAAGGUGCUUACCUGUGGAGAAGCGUGCUCUGCCACGGUUACGGGGUCCUCUGCCUCUGUCGGCUCCUCGGGUGUAGGAGAAGGGCUGUCUGAAACCCACUUCUGGGUAGAAGGGUUGGGGUCUGUGCGAGCGGGGGCCAGAAGGCCAAAAACGGCUGGCUGCUCGGCCCCUGUAGCGGCCAGCCCGUCCAAAAACACCCCGACUGGGGUGGCCCCUGAAGACUCGCUUCAUGGAAGUGUGAGCCUUAUUUAGUGAGGUGAAAAUGUUUACAUGCUUGUUCAGUUCCUUGAGGAAGGCCUCCCCAAACAAUUUGCCCUGUGCAAGCGGUCCCAACUCCUUGGUGCCCAAUUCCACCAGCUUUCCGUCAAUACGGAGCAGCGCUGCUUUACGCCUCUCAGAGGAGAGGGCUACAUUGGUGUUGCCCACGAAACAGAAGCACCUCUGUGCCCAUUCUCGUAUAUCAUGUGCCCACUCUUUAACCAUACUGGCAUCAAAUUCGUCAGCCCUUGUAAAAGCAUCGUCAGCCAAAAACAUGAUGCGGGAAAGUGGGCCAAUGGAGUCUAGGAGUUUGUCCUGAACUCCGUGGAAUCCUUUUUCAACGCCUCUCCUGGGGUCACGGCCACCCCGAGACAUGAAUGUGUUCAUGACCUGGUCGAAUUCGGGAGUCUGAGCCACGUGGUCGGGAAGGGAAGGGCGAGGGCAUUCAGAACGAAGUCGGUUGCGCACCGUUUUGUCCAGGGGUUUGCGGAGCCAACGAUGCAUAAAUUUGGAGAGAUGAUCCGGGGGGGUCCAGUCCCCCGAACGCGGGUGUCGUAUAUUGCGAGGGUCGAAUAGACGCUGGCCCGUGGGGUCCAGGAUGGCUUCCCCUUCGUCAUGGACUGGUGUGGGGUCAUCCGGCAGUUGGGUGUCGUCCAAAAAGGUGCCCUGCAGGAGGCCCGUAUGGGAUCCUGUGUCCGAACCCCAGUCAUUAUCUUGUGAAUCAGAAUCUGCGGCCUGCCACUCGUCCAACACGGCCAUGGAGCGUGUGUGUUCUUCCCCCUCAUCCGAGGAGUAGUGGGCGGGAGUGGGUGGGACUGGCCUGUGGCGUUUGGCCGGUGCCUUGCCUUUGCCCGGGUUGUCAGCCCCUUUUUCGCCCUUCCAGUGGCGUUUGCUGGGCCGUGAGUCGGCCUGCGUAUGGGAUUCUGAAGCCUCAGAAUCAUAGUCAUGGGCUUGGGCUUUUGUGACUUUUUUAGCCUGAUCGGCAGUUGCCGUCAUAACCCUGGAUAACGCUUUCUCCAUAGAGGCGGAGAUGGCUUCCGCGAUCAUGGUUUGGAAAUCCGCAGGGUUUUGGGGUGUAUCCAUAAUGAUAGGAGUAGGACCGCUGUAAUAGAGAAAGCACAGUAAACGUUGGGCUAGGGGUCAAUCCCAGUGAGUGAAAAGGUACCUGCAGUACCCAGGCAACCCCAGCAGGGUAGUGUGUAUAUGUAUAAUAACAAUAAAAUAGGAAUAAGCACCCCGGCAGGGUGAGAAUGAUAAAUCUGGCAGCAAAAGCACCAGUUUCCCCCAGCAGGGGAUAUUGGGUUUUUUCUGGGCCUCACCCAGUUAUAUAUGCAUGUACAUAUAUAGGUGGCACAAAAUCCACCUGAUAGCAGCGGUAAUUAGAUGAUAGGGCCUCACCCUGAAUGUAGCAAAAUGGCACAUAAAUACACUGGAGAGCCAGUAAUGAUAAUCAGUAUGGGGCCUCACCCCAAUGCACAGUUUUAUAACCUUAUAUGGGAAGGCUGACUGACCUGGGGACCCCUGCCUGAUUGCGUCCGGUAUUGAGGUGAUCGGGUGCCGAAAUGAAGAGACCGCAAUGCUCCCAAGAUGGCGGCCGUGGAUCUCGCGAGACGCGAGAUCCAAGAUGGCCGACGGAGAAAAAACGGGAAGUAAUUUCCCGCCGUGCGGUAGAAACAGCGUGGCUGUGAAGCCGCGAGGUGGGGAACGGGUGGAGGAGGGUGAGCGUUACCCUCAGUUAGGAGGAAAACGGUCGGUCCGACGGCGGGGAAAAGCCGGCGGACCGCGUGGGAACGAAAGGGGGGUAAGGGAAAAGCCCUGAGAAAGGGACAAAAGGAGAAAAAAAAACCCUCCCCAAGGGAUAAAGUCCCAGAGAGUAAAACGUCUAUAAGAAGAUGUAUAGAAACUACCUAUGUAAAUACAAAUAUACAGUACAUAGAAAUACAGUAACUACAAAUGUAAUAUAGAGCAAAUAUAAUAAGUAAAAGGGAAGAGCCAAAAACUCUGACCUGUCUGCUGAUGGAGCAGUAAAGAAAGAGGCGGAGGAGCCUCAUCACUGUGAAUAUUGUACCUCCUACUGCAUUUUUGAUUGGUUAAUGUUUUCUCACUUUUCUUUACUGCUGUGUGGAGUUAGUAAAGAGAGUUAAUGCAAAAUAUGAAGCCUCCUGUCAUGUUGUAAAAUUUAGUAGCCCUUCUCUGAACUCUCUCUAAAGUAUCAAUAUCCUUCCAGAGAUACAGUCUCCAGUACUGCGUACAAUACUCCAAGUGAGGUCUCACCAGUGUUCUGUACAAUGGCAUGAGCACUUCCCUCUUUCUACUGCUAAUACCUCUCCCUAUACAACCAAGCAUUCUGCUAGCAUUUUCUGCUGCUCUAUUACAUUGUCUGCCUACCUUUACGUCAUCUGAAAUAAUUACCCCUAAAUACCACACUGUUAACUUUAAUGAGCCCAUAUGAUCUGGGUGCUUACAGUGUCCCUUUAAGAUGAAGUGAUUUGGGUGAUAUUAGUUAGUGGUCCUUGAAGAUGCAGAUUGCCAGCAAACCUUUUCUACAAAAAUCAUCAUGCAAAACAUGUAGUUAAUUAUUUAUGCCAAAGGCUGGAAAAUGUAUAAACAUGGUGUUAAUUUCUAGAAUAUGCCUUUCGUAAAAUCCCUUUGAAAAUGUAACACUCUUGGGCUAUAUUCGUAGUUCUAUCAAAAGCAGAGCUAUUUCUCAACGCCUGGUUUCAGUCAAAUCGAAAAGCUGAUUUACACCCUUGUUUUAAGUUGUCUGUAUGUUAACGUAUGAGAAGUAGCUUGCAAUUGAUAACCAUUCUACAAUGAAGUAAUUAAUCAAUUAGACAGGUGACUUAUAAAUAUGUCAGUUUUGCAUGAUUAACCUCUCCAUCACUGUAUUCUGCUCUGUAUUGCAGUCUGAAGGUUUUAAUUUUAAUCAAUACAUUGCUUGAUAUGAUACCUGUCAUAUAUUUUAUCACCUUUAUUGAAUUUUUCAAAUGGUAAAGAAUUGCUGUUAUUUAUAGUGUGACAUAAUGUUCCCUUGCCCUGUACACACAGUAUCAAUGAAUACAUUAUGAUAAAACGAUUUGAGGUGGACAGAAACAGGAAGUGAGAAGGGCCGUAUUCAAAUAAGCUGAUUAUCUAGAGAUUAAAAUGGGUAAGGCUUCUGUGCGAGGUCUGGCCUGAUAAUUGAGCAGCAUCUAGUAUAGGGUAAGAGGAGACAGAUAAUGAGAAGAUGGCGUACCUUUCAAGUCACAUAUGUUGGAUUUUCUCACUUUAACAUUCAACAGUAAUGGGUCAGACAGCGAUGUGCACUAUGCACAGCUUGUAGGGUCCUUACAUUGCCUCAAAGCUACUCAAUGUUCAUUCCAGAUAUUAAUGCUACCACUCAUUCAUAUUCAAACAGUACACAAAACAUGGACAGUUAGCAGUGCAUUGGCUGAUGAAAAAUUGGUUCAGUUCAAGGCCUGGGUUGGACUGGGAAUAUAAAGCAGUUGUGUAACUACCUUUAGACCUGUUUUCAGAUAAUAUGUUACCAUAAUGGCUUAGCAGCAGCAAAGUGUUGCUUGUAAACGUGAAAACAUGACACAUAUGAUUCAAAAACAAACCUAUAAAAUAAUCUGAAACAGUGUUACACUGCUUGAGCCCAGCAACACCCCUCUCAACAUGUUUACUCCUAUCUAUCUUAAAGAGAGACACCAAGUGAAGUGGUCUCAGUGAAGUGGUCCGGUUGCAGUGUCCCUCUCCCUUUUAACCCUGCAAUGUAAAACCGUGCAGUUUUUCGAUAAACUGCAAUGUUUACAAUGCAGGGUAAAUCCACCUCAGUGGGUGUCUUCCGGACAGACACUACAGGCGCUUCUGCUGCCAGAGUAAAACUAGGUCACGUGAUGCAGAACCUCAUAGGAAAGUACUGAAGGGGAGGGGAAUGCAACUUGAGACAGGGGCACUAUAGCGUUAGCAAUACAGAUUCUACGGCCCUUUUCCAGCCCACAUCACUACUUAAACUCAAUACAGUUAUUAUGGGGGAUGGAAUCCCUGGGCGCCUUCUAACUUCUCUCAAACCAUCAUAGGCUGCCCAUUGCGGGUAAAAAGACACCCGUAGACUCUAGCAAGAUAAUGGCUUCAUUAAGAUGAAAUUGUUGUUUAGGUAAAGUGUUCCUUUGAUUUUUAACCAACCUGUUAGUCCUUCACUCCCAUAUUACUCACCGUAUUUCUUUUUACUAAAACUCUCUCCCUAUGUGUCUUUUCUACCCAUCUAUAUGCCCUCUUCCUAUACUCCUCCCUCUUCUCAUUGACGUCCCCUUCUUUACCUGCCAGGUAAUGCCUAAUCCUUCUUUCACGAAUGCCAUUUCCCUCAUCAACAGUUUUUUCUUAAUGUCCUAUGAGGUCUUAUUGGCUGGAGGGAACUAAUCCCUAAUCAAGCUGUGAUUGUAUUAGUCUUAGUAAUAGUAAUAGUUCUCAACAUGGCUUCCUUGUGGCUCUCUGUAGUGCGAGCUUAUGUGAUCUGUUUAGAAAUGUCUGCAGUAUUAAGUAAAGUACAACUGAAUCGCUGCUCUGUAUGUUUCCAGCUCCUGCUGGCUUCCUAACACCCAGUAGCUGCAAGUUAUAAGUAGUCACAAGGUUUUGCCUUGUAGCUAGCCAGCCCCGGCUCAAUUUCCAUUUGCCCUUUGUGAGAGAGCUAGUGAAAAUUUUGAGCCCUGGUUUAAUAUGUGGGGAUAGAAUAUAUAUUAUGUGUGGAACUACUAAUAGUGUACAUAACAUUUUAUCUAAAGAGUUUGGGGUUUUUGACUGUCAUAAGUAUUCAUGAAAUAAACAGUGAGUAAUAAGGCAGUGAGUAAACAAUCAUAACUAACAAAAACAUUCUUCAAAAGGACACAAUGGAAAAAAGUUAAUAUGAGUACACAACAGGUAAAAUACAACAACAAAUAAAACGGGGUAUGUGCAUGGGAGGAUGGCCUCUGUAAUGGACAAAAAGGAGUGUGCAAAAAAAAACAUCUAAUAAGAUGAAUGCUGCAAAUGGCCAUUGGAGGACCGCUGCUGUCCAGCAGGAGUCCAGGUAAGAGGGGAAACCAUGGCAAAAUGGUUUAUCCCAUUACCAGAAAACGGGGCCAGGGAUAAUAACCAUUACUGCGGUCUGUUGUGGUUAUGAUGCUUAAAGUAACCCUGCAGGCUGUGGUUUGGUGUCCUUCACACACAUCAUUACCCUAUUAACCUCUGUGAUGUAAUGUUUACCCCCUUACUGAAACAAUGUUAAUCCCUGGUUUCCUAUAUUUACGCAUAAAAAACACCCACAAAAUGACACAGACCAGGACUACAGUGUAUUUUUAUUUAUAAAUAAUUACUUGGUAUGCCAGGUAAAAACUGGGAAGAAAUUGAGGAUAUAUGGCUUAAAAUCUGUAAAAGCUACACAAAUGUUUUUGAGACAUAAAACUGCGCAAACAAAAAUAAAAUUUGUACUCAGUUUUCAUUUUAAAAGGAAACUAUAGGCUAGGAAUACAAAACUGUAUUCCAAGCAUUAUAGUACCUUAUAGUGCCCCCUCUCUCUUGCCCCUCUUCCCGCAGUGCAGAAACCCUUAAUUCACUUACCAGAAUACAGCACCGAUGUCCCUUGUCACUGGGUCAGACUCCGCCUUCACUCCGCCUCCUGUGAUCGCGUUUGGACAACCUGUAAUUACUUGGCUACAAAGUGAACGGGGAUUGAUCAAAUAAAAUGUAAUAUAUUCCUUUUAAUGGCACAAAUCAGCAAAAAGUAAUGGUCUAUUUUUUUUUCCAAGAUUUAAUUACAUGUGGUGUAAAGUGGACAGAGCUUGAAAAACACCCAAAACACCCAAAACACCAAAAAGAAAAUUAUUUUUGCAGCACAAAUCAGCACACACAAAUGGUAUAUUUGUAUUUGAGAUUUUUUUUUUUUUUUUGUCAAUCUUUGUUUUAUUGAAGCAUUGAGUCUCCUACUGCUUCAUUUCAUAGGUUAAAAUAAGUCGCUUUAUCCAAGUAGCUAUGUAAAUCAAAUUAUUAGAUAUGAACAUUCAGGCUAUGCCUAGCGCUGAUAACGUGUAGGUUAACAUGCGUGAGGAUACAAACAUUUUAUGUAGUUUAACAGCGUAGAUUCUUGAUAAGGAUCACAGGUAGUAGGCAUGUGCAUGGGGAAAAUUUUCGGUUAGGCAUUCCGAAUUUCGGGACUUUCGCAAUUUGGGACUUUGGCAAUUCGGCACUUCAACACUUCGGCAACUUCGGAACUUUGGCACUUCGGCACUCUGACAUUUUGGAAAUUCGGCAACUUCGGCACUUUGGAAUUUCGGAACUACGGAAUUUCGGGACUUCAGCACGUCUCUUGCAGCUGCUUAGUAGAUAACUCCCUAAUUCCCACGGUAUUAGGGAGUUAUCUACCAAAAGGCUGAAAGACCUAAAUUGGUCUUUCAGUCAAAUUUACUAAUACUAAGUAAAAAUUACUUAGUAUUAGUAAUUUUGCCCCUACUCGCUAUAUCGCAUGUCUAUUAAACAGUGAGCAGCCUGUGGCCGGUCCCCCCUCCCGAGCCCUAACCUAUUGCCCCCCCUAGCCCCCACCCCUGAGCAGCGGGUGGGGGCCCUAAAGUAAAAUGGUGGGGGGGGACCUAUUGUCCUCCCCCUGGCCCCCACCAUUGAGCAGUGGGUGGGGGCACUAAAUACUAAUAAGGGGGGGGAACCCGCCGCUCAGGGGUGGGAGCCCUACGGUAAAAUAAGGGGGGGGGGACAUAAUGUCCUCCCCCCUGGCCCCCACCCCUGAGCGGUGGGUGGGGGCUCUAAAUACUAAUAAGGACUCAUAACACUCUGAUUGGUUACUUAAUACACCAAUCAGAUUGUUAUGAGUCAAAUUACACAGCGUAGGGAAAUUCCAAAGAACUUUCCCACGCUGUGUAAAAUGACACAGAGCACUGGAUUUCAAGCCAACCAAUCAGAGUGCUGUGACAAGUAAAUGUAGAGACUUACCUGUCAGUAUCUUCAUUUACCUGUCAGAGCACUCAGAGUGCUAUGAGCCUAUUUGCAGGGCAGGGCAAGGCUUUAUUCAUAUUCGGACCGAAACGAAUUGCACAUGUUUAACAAGUAGUAUAAGUGUGAAGCGUGACUUGCAUGAAGUAGUGAUUUACGUACUUUGUGCAGUGUCUAAAUGUCGUGGGAUUGAAAGCAAGGCUAUGGGCAUCCACGAGUUCUGCCAGUGCAGCAGUGAGUUAGGUGGUGUGCAAUAGGCGUAGUUUACGUGGUGAUAUUGCUACUCUCAAUCUUUAUGUGAAACCUUUCUAGUGGUGUAGUACCCUAUUCCACAGAAUGUACAUUUAGAGCAUAUCUUAAGAAGUACAUUUGAUGUCAUGAGAGAGGUAUACUUGCAUCUACUGUUUAAGUGGUAUAUUUGCAUCUCAUGGAAAAAUAAAAGAUGAUGAGAGUCAAGAUACCAUUCAUUUUCAUGUAAAUUAUAUGCCAUGUCCCCCGGUUUUCAGUGGGUGAGGUGGAUGGCCAUUAAGUCCUUGCAGUGGGGACAGUUUAACCUAUGCCUGUCCGAGGGUGUACAGAGUCACUUAUCCAAGCUGGGUGUUGCAGGCUGUGCCGGUUUCCAGAGGGUUGGCAGGUGGGAAUUGUCCCCCUGGUACCUCCGUUGAGGUGAUCACUCUGAAUUGUACCUGCUGCUGUUGUGGCUUUCUCUUAUGGGAGUUCCCAUGCCUUGCUCUGCGUGGUCGAGUGAAGUUGCGAACAGGCUGGAGGUGUCACUUUCUCCGGCGCCCUUUGCCAGCGUUCUUCAGCGUGGGGGUUGCUUGUCGACAGCUGGAGCUGGGUGAUGACAUUUUGGGUAGUUUCUCCACUGCUUCAUGGGGCUGGGCUUGCUUCAUUCUGUCGGCUAGUUUUAUCCAGAAGGCAGCAAAGGUGCGUUCUAGUCGUGUCAGGAUGUCGGGUACUUCUUUUCUGUUGCUUGCUUUGCACGUAGAGUCCGCCAUUUUGCCCUGCUCUGGUGCUGCAGGCUUGCUGUGUGAGUUUGUCGCUUGCCUCCUGGGUAGCCGGGAUAACCCCCACCGGUCGGGAGCGUCAUGCCUCUGGCGAGAGGACGGGGAAAACGGCCGUCUCUCCUCUGUUCCAGUGCCCGCAGGCCGCGGUCAUGGAUCUCUGAACUCCGUGCACCGAUUCUCUCGAGAGAGGUAUCAGGAGGUUCAGUAGGGCACUCUGAGCUCAGGUAGAGUAGUCUCGUGUAGGUGAGAGCUUGUAUUGCCGAUUAUUGAGCUAUUAUUCAAGCUCUGCGACCAUGCAUCUAGUCAGGAAGCUGGUCAGGCUCCGCCCCCCUGUAUUUGAGAUUUAAUAACAUGGGGGUGCGGAGUAGGGGCAGAAUAUUUAAAUGUAAUGCACAAUAUCUCCAAAACCAACUCGACACAAACAUUUUGUUUUUGGCACAAAUCGGCAAAAGUGCAGCACGUACAAAUGGUAUAUAUUUUUUUUAAAUGAAAUAAAAUGGGGUGCAAAGUGGGCAAGGUUUGAUAAAAUAUGCAAUUGUUCCAAAACCAGCACAAACAUUAGUUAUUAUGGCACAAAUCAGCACAAACAAAUUGUAUAUUUGCUCUCCAUAAAUGAAGUGUUCUGCUUUUGGCUAUACAUUGUACUAGCAAAAUCACUAGCAAGUGUCUAGAUUUCACGAUAACUCUGUGGUAAAAUCGCCUGCAUGCAAGUUCUCUUACCAUGCUUCAAUGUGCUGUGGAGCACAUGCGUUCCACGUGCUUCACCAAUUGAACCACUAUUCCUCUGAAGAUGAAAACUGAAGGUUCUCACACAGAGGCAGCACACUCAGGAUGGUUGUCGCCCACAAAGGUAGGCAAAUAGCGGCACUGAAUCCAUUAUGGAAAUAAGUGUGUAUGCUGAAAACAUGAUGAAGCUCCAUCCAAGGUGGGUGAAUAAACACUAUUUUUGGACACUAUAUAGUACAAGUAAAAGAUCUACAGAGAAUAAAAAUGUUGAUGAAAGGUUCACGUUAAUAACUUGGGAAGCAAAGUUGGAGGACUUUGGGGGGAGAGGGUGGGGGGGAAGGGGAGACAUGGGGUCACAUAAUCUAAAAUAUAAUGUUCAAUAUCUCCAAAACCAAACUGGCACCAACAUUUGCUCUUGUGGCGCAAAUCAGCACAAACAAAUACAUUUUUAUUCAUGUUUUAAAAACAUGGGGUACCAGUUUCCCACUGUUACUCAAGUGUGGUUUCAACAUGGUUUAUUUUUUUUUACAAUAAUAAGCAUGUGAUUGCUUGUGCAAUGUGUGUUUAUUCACUAAUUUCAAUCCAAGACAGUGGCAGUAGCUAUUGGUUCAAUAUCCGAUUUUUACACCCAGGACAUCAAGUAUUCUUGAUAAAUAGAUUGAGAAAUAGAUUGAGUUUAAACACUGCAAAAUCUGUAUGGUUUUUGCAGUUGUUAACACAGGUAAUAUCUCUGAAAACAACUUUAAUCACACACAGGAGGCUCCUGCGGGGGCUAGAUAGCUAUUAACAGAUCAGGAAUUCUAAAUUAAACAGUAUGUGUAAUAAAGGAAGGGUGAACAUUAGAUCUUUCUUUACAGGAAGUGUUUAGGAAGACUAUGUAAGUCACAUGCAGGGAGGUGUGACUAGGGCUGCAUAAACAAGAGUGAUUUAACUCCUAAAUGGCUGUGAAUUGAGCAGUGAGACUGCAUGGGCAAGUACAAUACAUCAAAACUGCUGGUGUGUCCUUUUAAGUAUGGAAUUAGUCAAAACAUAUCAUGAAAGUGAUGUCAGAUCUCUUAUUACCGUAACUACCCAUUGUAAUCUGAUUCUGGCAGGAUCAUUUGGUAUUUGUGCAGUAAAUCUAUGUUGGCCUCUAAAGAAAGCAUUACGAUUUCCCCCAGUUGACAGAGUGUAUGUCUGUGAUAAUAUGUAUUCCUCUGGUAGUAUGUAACUGUUGGGCUGUAUGCAUUUCUGUCUGGGGUGAAUGCCUGGGAAUGACCCAGGCCGCCAAUGAUUUUGUAAGCAGCAUUACAUUAUAUGAAGCAGGUAGUUCAGAUCAUGCAAACAUGUUAUUGAAAGCAGCUGUUCUGCUACCUUGUAAACAGGGUGUGCUUGUUCCAACCAUUAGUUACCUCCUGAUAUAGCAGUGUGGAUGACUCACUCCAUAAUGGACUAUAUCCCACAUUUUGUUUAUUUUAGCUUAUGGAAACGUAUACCUCUCUAACCAUCAGUGCUACACUGCAACAUGUAUUUUUAGAAGUGUUUCUAAUUAAAGGGGAAAUCCACACCUAUCACAGCAGAAGCAUUUUUAUUGCUUUGACAAAUCGAACGUUCGUUUAACAAUGUAACAGAAAUAACUCACGGUGCGUUCUGUUUGACACACUCACUGGGGGAAUCACAUCUGACUAAUUGAAAUGACGGCUGAUUUAAAAAAAAUAAUUUAUGACCCUAAUAUAACUCGCCUUUAUGCCAUCCUCCUCCCCCGAGAGAUCCCGUGAUGAUCUAAAAGUUUAUUUAAUCACAGCCCUGGGCAGGAGGGGUUAGUACACCCAGCGUGCCUCCACAGCCAGAGAGCACCAACCAGCUGGUCUGGGAGGGGUGGGUCUGCCUGGCACUGUAAACUUCAUCUGCAUAGGAGGCAGGGACCAAGCUCCUGAAAGACAGCGCUGGUUAGGGAGGCCGAUUCCAUUGCUUUUUAUUCCUCCUCUUGUGGAUUGGGGAUAAACUGCAGGCAGGAGGGGCUGAGAGCAGCUCCAGUAACACCCGGCUGCCGGAUUUCAGUAGUAUGGCAUCAAGGAGAAUGGAGACCAAGCCAGUGAUAACGUGUCUGAAAACCCUGCUAAUAAUCUACUCUUUCGUCUUCUGGGUGAGUGAACUCUCUAGCUGUCUGGAUCCCCUUUGAUGGUGGCACAGAGGGCACCCGACAUCUACCGUGCGAUUGUUUAUUAUUGCAAAAUAAUAAGCUCUAUUUACUGUGCUACCCGUCCGCCCACUUUACCCCCCCUCUCUCCAGAUCUUCUGCGUCUGGUUAAACAUGUUUACUGCGCAAAAUAAGAGGGUUUGAGUGCUGUAGAGGUAUGUCGGUGUAUAGAGCAGGCACAGGGACAUGUCAGACUAUAGAGCAGGUAUAGGGCUAUUCAUUCUGCUCAGAAACCGUAGGUAGAGGGCUAUAUAUCAUGGUUGAAGCUGGCACAGGGCUCUCUGUCAGUGUAUGGAGCGGGCACAAGGCUAUAUAUCAUGGUAUGGAAUUGACACAGGGCUCUGUCAGUGUAUGUAACAAGCACAGCGUUAUAUCAGGGUAUGGAGCAGACACCGGGCUCUGUCAGUGUAUGUAUCAAGCACAGAGCUAUAUAUCAGGGUAUGGAACACAGGGCUCUCUCUGGCAGUGUAUGGAGUGGGCACUAGGCUAUAUAUCAUGGGAUGGAAUUGACACAGGGCUCUGACAGUGUAUGUAACAAGCACAGCGCUAUAUCAGUGUUUGGAGCAGACACAGGGCUUUGCCAGUGUAUGGAGCAGGCACAGGGCUAUAUAUCAGUGUUUGGAGCAGACACAGGGCUCUGCCAGUGUAUGGAGCAGGCACAGGGCUAUAUAUCAGUGUCUGGAGCAGACACAGGGCUAUAUAUCAGUGUCUGGAGCAGACACAGGGCUAUAUAUCAGUGUUUGGAGCAGACACAGGGCUAUAUAUCAGUGUUUGGAGCAGGCACAAGGCUAUAUAUCAGUGUUUGGAGCAGGCACAGGGCUAUAUAUCAGGUUUUGGAGCAGGCACAGGGCUCUGUCAGUGUAUGGAGCAGGCACAGGGCUAUAUAUCAGUGUUUGGAGCAGGCACAGAGCUCUGUCAGUGUAUGUAUCAAGCACAGAGCUAUAUCAGGGUAUGGAACACAGGGCUCUCUCUGUCAGUAUAUGGAGUGGGCACAGGGCUCUUCCAGUGUAUGGAGUGGGCACGGGAUUCUGUCAGAGCAGGUAUAGGACUAGGUCAUUGUGUAGAGCGGGAACAGGGCUAUCUUAGUCUAUACUGGCAGAGCAGAUCUAAAGCUGUUUUAGUCUCAACUGCCUGAGUAGACGUAUAGCUGUCAGUCCCCAUUGCCAGAGUAAAUGUACAGCUAUGCUAGUCAAAACUGCCUUGGCAGGCAUAUAGGUCCAUGUCAAUCUCUGCUGCCCCAGGAGGAGUAGAACAUACACUGAACAAGCACCACAUAGUAAUGUCAUGCUAAACUGCCAGAGUAGGUAUAUAGAUCUGUGUCAACGACUUCCUGAGCUGACCUAGAGAGAUCAGCAACCACAGUGAGCACAGCCCUGCUCACAUUUAUAGGGCAGUAUAACUCUCCACUGUCUAUGUACAGACAGACCCUCCUGGGCAGGGAUAGGAAGCGGUGUUGGCUUCCACUCUCAGAGUAUCAAUCUUAUUAACGAAAUGGAAUUUUAAAAAAAUCUCUGCCAGUGUUGAUGAUUUAGCCAGAAAUUCAUUCAAAGUGGCUAAAUUCGUUUUUCUAAGUACAUUGUAUUCAUUGGGGGUUAUUUAUCGAAGGGUUCUGAAAAUAGGCAGGUUAGUUCCGUCAUUAUUUUUGUCGUGUUUAUUGACAGAAUCUAAAAAGUGACCGUUUUCUAAAUAGCCAUUGUCUGCAUUUUUAUUUUUUCUCUCUCAGAACUUUCAAUUUCAGAUGACCACAAACGUAUUGUGACGGAAAAAUGCCGUCACUUUUCUGUCCGAAAACAAACAGAAGUAUACAUAAAACCAUUGGUCGAGUGAAAGCGAAAUGGUGCAUAUUCAAAAAUGAAAGGGAGCAAAAAAGCAACAGAUUGGGGGGGGGGGGGAAACCACAUAUUUAUUGUUCGAAAUAGUCAUAGAAAUAUGACUCUGAUAUAUCUUCGCCAUUGUGUAUUUAUGCAGUUAUUCUCCUUUCCAGUGUGUUUUGUCUGUUAACUAUUUGAGCGCCUGAAGUGUAUCCUAUGGAGCACACCCCUGUGGAUCUGACACCCAAGGGUUCUCCUUGCAGUCACAGCUUGUGUAUGGUCUGAUUAAUGCCAUUAGGCACCUUGUUAUUGCAGUGCAUGUUUAUUACAGAGAGACUUGUAUGAAUCCUCAAGCUAGACUGUGUUGCUAAGGACCUUUGGCUUAUGAAGCAAAAUGGGAUUAGUAAUGAGCAUUUAUAUAGAAUGCUGCAAAGGCUGGUAUUCUAUUUGAAAAUGCAGUGUUUUCUCUCAAUUCUCAAGACGCAAACACAUACGAGAUGGGCUGCUUUAAAUCAUCCCUAUGAAUCUAAUUCCUGGGGUAUUUUCAACAGAAAAACAUAAAUAAAAAAUGUCUGGAACUUUUUCAAACUGAAUUAUUUAUUUUUAAAAAAUGGAUUAUGUUAAUAUCACUUGAAUGUAGACCUCAUGAAAAGAACGGACUAGAUGGGUUUAAUCCUCGUUGAGGUGCUUUUUUAACAUUUUAUUUUGUGCACUCCUAUUGGUAUAUAAUUUGGUAAAAUAUGAAUACCCUGUGCAUAAUUAUAUUUGUUCAUUGGAUUGCAAUUGCCUUUUACUUCACAUAUCAAGACUGUUGUUUGGGGGUCAUAUUGUGCCCCCCUCCCUCUGUUUAAAUUCUGAAGCCAUUUUAUAUUGAAAAAUAUAAUAUUUGCCGAGUAUAUAAAGCUUGAAAUAGGAUGUAAAAUCAGGUUAGUGUAUGUUUUGUAUUGAAGGUGCCUGCGAAGAAAUGGUUUCUCUGUAAGGCUGGUUGUGUGUGUGUGUGUGUGUGUGUGUGUGUGUGUGUGUGUGUGUGUGUGUGUGUGUGUGUGUGUGUUGUGCAUUCAACACACCUUAAAAUGAAUUCAGCAUUUUUUUUUGGAUUUUUAUGCAAUGAAAUAGCAUUGGGGUUGUGCUCUGCUGUUUACAUUUUGCACCUAAAUUACAAUAAUUAGGGCUAUAAAGACUUCUGCGUGAUGGUUAAACAUUGCUAACAUUAGAAAUUUUUUUUUUUAUAUAUAUAUAUAUAUAUUAAGACUGUUAUUGCCGAUUAUGUGGCGCACUUCUGGUAUUCCACAAACUAGGAAGGUUUUCAAAAUGAUUACCUUUUUUUUACAUGAAUAUUGUAUUUUAUGGGUGUCACCUGUUGUAUGCUGUCUGUGCAACUCAAAGCAACACUGUCACUGCAGGGUAUGUGAGUUUUGUGUGUGGUUUUUUUUGUUGUUGUUGUUUGUUAUUAUUUAUUUUUUCUAUAUAUUUUUUGGUUUUCUUUUUUUUUUUUCUAUUCCUGUAUUGUCUCUGGAAAAUUUGUGUUUUUUUUUUUUUUUUUUUUUUUUUUUUUUAUUUAUUUAUUUAUUUUACAGGGGAAAAUGGGGUCACACUUUUUUUUUAUUUUUUUUUAUUUUUUAUUUUUUUAUUUAUUUUAUUUUUUUCCCUUAUGUGAGUGUGCACAUAGCAUCAGCAAAGUUCCUUUUAAAGUUGGAACAGUGUCCUUUGAUGGUAUCCAGCUUGGGUAAGUGUAGGUAGGAACACCUUGUUUUUGCCUCAUGAAUGUUGGCAAAUUCAGAGAAAUUACACUAAAUUGGCUACUUUUGGUAACACUGAAUAUUCAGUUUUUGACUUAUGUGAUACUUGUUUGUCACAUUUUGUGCAUCUUAAUGUAAAACAUUUAUUAUCAUGAUAUUGUGGACGAGCCAUUUUGAUUCAAAAUCCAUCUUCAUUUUAUUAUUUUUUUAAUUAAAAGGCUAAAUUUGCGGCAACAAAUUUUUUUGGGGGGACCAAACAUUUGUCUACUUGUUGGUCAGGAAAUCUCAAGCAAUUACCUGGAUACACAUUUGUGGAUUAAUUUGUACGUCCUCUCCUUUUCACUUGUUCUAUCUGUUGUGUGGAAGGAGAGGAUAUGACCGGCAGAUCAGCUCAUGGAAGGUCUACCAGUUCUCAUUGCACGCCAUCAUGACUUAAAGAGGUGGUAGAAAUAUGACCUGUGUGGAGGAGCCAUUUUGCUUCACUGCACUGCUUAAAAACCACAUCCAGGGGUGCAUGGAGAUUGGGGAAAACGUUCUACCAACGCCUCAUGCAGAGACUGCUUAAUUUCUCACUAUCAAAAGGGACAAUGUUGUUGACCUGUCAUCACCUCUUCCUACCCAACACGAAAAAGGGGGAGCAAAGAAGCAGGAGAAGUUCAAUAAUUAAACCAUUUAAUUGUUUGUGUAUGUGCUUCAAUGUAUAUAUUUAUGAAUGAGUAUUUGUUUGUCUGUCCAUUUUAGGUGAAUAACUG